AUGGAUCAGUGCUGGUACCACGGAACCAUCACCCGCUCAAGAGCUGAGGACCUGCUCUCUAAAGUAGGCAAGGAUGGAAGCUUCCUUGUGCGGGCCAGUGAGUCCAUCCCCUCAGCAUACGCCCUGUGCUUGCUGUAAGUAUGGCUUGUGCCUCCACUGUACUCAGCGGCUCCUCUCCUCCUUCUGCAGCAAGCCGCGCAUGGAGCUAAAAGUACGGUCUGAUCUCUCUGUAUGUGACAGGUGAUGCCUGUGCUCAACUGGAGGCAGCAAAAGAACUUGGGUGUAUGGCUGGCAUGACAGAAUAAGCUACAUGAGAAGAGUUGCUACACAUGAGCAGAUUUAAAGAAAGAUUUAAAUUGCAAAAGUGCAAUUUCUUGAACAAUUACCGUAUGUAGGUAGCAGUAAGGCUUCAUCUUGUUGCACCUAUGGUUUGCCUUGUUUUGUUUUUUUAAAAGGUUUCCAUUAAUUCACUGAGGCUGCAGUCCUUUACAGUAAGUGCCAUUGAAAAUGAAAUUUACUUCUGAGUAGGCGUGUACAGGAUUGGACUGAUAAUUUGGAGUCCACUAGUUCAUUCUUUCCCUUUCCGUCUCUCGAGUUGAUAUAACCAUAACAGGUGUGUUGGUUGUUUUUUUUGCAUACUACAAACGUGCUGGUUUUCUGAAUAACUACUCAGACAUAUUUAGAGGAUGUACGUAGUCUUGGACGCUACUGCAGUGCAGAGGCAUAGAGUGAGGGGUGCUGUGGGUGCUGCAGCCCCAGGCGUAAUUUUGAGAGGGGACGCCUUGGCUGACCGGAUAGCGGACAGCAGGAGGAGAUUGGGCAGCAGCUUCCUCACCUGUCUCCUACCCUGAACUGCGGUGUGCAGGCGGGCACCCUGCCCGCCCACCCCAGGCAAUGCGGGCAUACGCUCCACUGCUGCUGCAGUGCACAACUGGGAAGAUGUAAAGGCAAAAUCUGUUUACCUCAUGAUCAUCCAUAAAAACAUAAGAGCAGCCUCUUGGCUCAGGCCAAUGGCCCAUCUAGGCCAGCAUCCUGUUCCUACAGUGACCAGCCAGAUGCCUGCGAGAAGCCCGCAAGCAGGACCUGAGUGCAAUCCAUUUAUUUGUCACAUCAACACCAUGCAUUUAAAGCACUCUUGUGCUACUUUAAAAAGCUGCGGCUUCCCCCAAAGAAGACUGGAAACUAUAGUUUGUUAAGGGUGCUGAGAGUUGUUAGGAGACUCCUCGCAGUGCUACAAUUCUCACCACCCUUAACAAACUACAGUUCCCUGGAUUCUUUGGGGGGAGGGAGCCAAGUCUAUUAAAGAGGCAUGAGAAUGCAUUAAAUGAAUGUUUUGGAUACUGACCCUACUGUGGGACUGGGAGAUCAGCUAUAUGGACUGUGCAACUGACUGUUGCUGUCAGGGAUGCAAAGUAGUUGAGACCAGCAAAGGCUGAAGCAUGAAGAUGAAUCAUAGGCACUUCAAAUUAGAGUUGCAGAGACAGACACUUCCCAAGCCAAGUUUAUGGUUGUAGAGGUAAAACAUGGCUUAACAUGAAUGGGACAUUUGGCAGAAUUCAGGAGGUUUGAAUUAAGAAUUUCUUGGACCUUAGAAACUGGGAGGUAGCGCCCCAGAAGUUUGGAGAGAAAUCCCCAAUCAUAAAGAAAUAUGAAUAUUAUUUGAUGGUAUAGACUGACGGCUCAUCAGCUGCUUCGUGAAGGGCCUGUUUGCAGUCACCUAGAUGACCCACCUUUGAUCUCUCCUAUUCUUUUCAUAUCCUUAAUUCAGCAGCUACUCACAGCAAAGAACAUGCAUCAAUUUCUCUUGGUCAGUUUCUGAGCUGGAAUUCAGCUGGACUGGAAGUCGUUUAGAAGUGAGUCUACACUGUUGCUUUGGGAAUCUUGAGAUCAGUCAGUAGAUUUGUUCCCUGCUGCAGAUGCCUAUUGGCUUCCACUAUGCUCUGCUACGUAAAACAAAUAUUAGAAAAAUACCACAAGCUUUCUUUCAUCCGUAUGAAACACAACACUGUAGCAUUGGGGAAGUGGAGAAAACAUUAUCUUAAAUGUCAGCAUAACCACAUCUCCUUAGAGCUGCCACUUACAGGUUGCCAAAGAAGAGGAAAUGCAUUACAAGAAAAAGAAGAAGAAGAAGGAUGAAUGAGGACACAGAUUUGCAUAAAAUGUGCACAUGCUAAUUUGUGUGCAUAUAUGCACAUUUAGAAAUAAUUGUUAUGAUAAAACUACAAAUAUAUCUUACCACGGUGGGGGGAAAUGGUGAUGAGGUGUCCAGUCUACUGUCCAAGUCAGGAACUUCAAGGUCCCUGCUCUCUUUCCUUAUGGCUAUUUAAACUGCACUUAGUCUGGGCACUCUUUCAAGGAGUGGAAUGUCGUCUGCAAAGUGGGCCCCCCCAUGCCUUCUAAAACCUACCUGCACAAAUGUGGAAGCCUAAAAGUAUUCCUUUUUUUAAAAAAGGAAAACUGGGCUUCUCAGGAACCAUGCUUGUGUUCUGCAGUACAGCCAUAGUCAUGCAUUGAAACAAAAAUUUCCAGUCAAGAUAUGAAAAAAAGAAGGCCGAAAUUAGCAGCCGAAAACCAUUUAUAGACUCCAGAACAUAAGCAUAUGAUAUACAAAUUGCUUGACGCAUCAUCACUUCUUGGCAUGCUAACAUUUAAAUGUGGAUACAGUAUAGAGACCCUGCUUUAGGUAUCUAUGUUUAAAAAACUUGAUCCAAUGAGCAGUAUAUUAGUGAGGUCCUGAAAUGUUAGAGGGCAUAUGGGGGGGGGGGUUGUAAGUAAUUCAUUAUUAUUUUUUAAUCCUGUAAACUAAAAGACUUAUCCUAUGUGUGUUUCUUCAGAAGCAAGUCCCGCCAAGUUCAAUGGGGCUUACUUCCUAAUAUAUGCGUUAAGAACUGCAGCUAAAAUUAAACCCGCAGAAUCUAUAAGGCUGUCUGAGGCUUUUGAUGGGCUUCCUGACUUGAAAUCCUUUCAAUAAUUUCAAUCAAAACAAGGUUCUAAACUCAAUUUGUUGCAUUCAGGGGGUACCCUCAUCAGCUAUAUUAUGAAAGGAGUACUUCUGGUAAAUAUAAGAAUAUGAUUAUGUCACUUUUAAUAUUAUAGAUUUAAGAUAUUUCAUAUUUCAUAUGUGAGGUAGAUUAGACGGAGAAAUAGUAACUGCCCAAAUGAUAUCCAGUGAGUAUCAUGGCUGAGUGAUGAUUUGAACCUGGAUCUCCUCCAGCCUAGUCUAGGACUCUAGCCAUCUGGAGAGCACCAGGCUGAGGAAGGCCGGGAGAAGCUUUCAAGGAAUCAUUUUAACAAAGUGUUUCAAUUGGAUUGUGCAACCAAUACUGCUUACUUGCUAGUCAGGUGGUCAAGUUAUAUGACUUUUAUCUAGAUAUCUAGAUUUCUAAAUUCUGAUGUGUCAGUUGCUUAAAUUCAGUUGCUUAAAUUUAAGAUGUGGGUGGGAGAUAUCUUUGUUUAGUGAUCUUUAUUUAACGGCAAAUGUUAAGAGUGCUUCCUGAUAGCUUCACCAUGAACUGCAAAAUUAUUUCAUUGAUCUGUCUAGAUUAGCACUAAGGAAAGUGUAUACAUUGCUAUGUUUCACUUAUGCCCUCUACUUUUUGAUAUGGGACAUCAUAAUAUCCCAUAUAACUUAAGAUGCUGUGUUUGUGGUGAGGAAGCAGGAGAAAAGCUUCUUCUGCCUACUGUUGAAGGAGCACAUCAACUGAUCAAAAUCAGAGGAAUUAGCAUUUUAGUUAGAAUGACAACAAAGAAGUAACAGAAAUGUGUCUAUGUUUGCCUUGGCUGCUGUACAACCAUAACAGUAAUUUCAUGUGGUCACCCAUGUGGAAAUGGAUAUAUAUGAUCUUUUAGGUUACAUCUAUGACUGUGGCCAAUGCUAGCCCUACUCAAAGCAGACAUGUCUAAAUCAGGUUCAUGAAUUUAAAUGGGUCUACUUUGUGCAGGACUUAGUUGGAUGCAAGGCAUGAUUUUUUAUUAUUAUGUUAUUUUAUGUGUUAUUUUCAUUAACAUAUGUGUUUUUAUGCACAUCUUGCCUCAAUACACACAUUUUUAUAUGCAUUAUUUGCUUAAACAACUGCAUCCUUAAAUUUGGAGAAGUGGAAGUUUCAAAGGUAGCUGUGUUUCACUUUGCAUAUUGUUACAGAAACUGCGAAUUAGGUAGGCAACUUUUAUCAUGAUAGCAAAUGAGUGACACAAAUAUAUUCGGAACUGAACAGACUGUCUGGACAUUCAGUGUUUAACAGUUUGUGACGUAAAUCAUGCUUCAAUGCAGCAGUUCUUGUAAAAGUUCACAAGCAAAGCGUAAGCUAAAAAUGUGGUUUCGUAACAUACAUCAAAAUAGCUUAUUGUUAAGAAUUCAAGCAGGGAUGAGACAGCUUGCUAACUAAACCCUUUCAAUGGACUAGUUUGUCUAGCUAAAGUGUUCAAAGCUUAACGAAGAGAGAAUAAAGGUCCUGUGGUGCUUACCAUGAAGGAAGAAGUAGUAAUUUUCCUAGCAUGUUCUGAGAUGGAAAUAAAAAUUUGAAUAAAGACAGAUGAGACAGAUAGCUGCACUAGUAUGUUCUCUGAGCUCUUCCUGUCUUUAACAGAACUGCCUGUAGCUAAAUAAAAGAAGGUUGUUGUUCUUGUUGUUUUAAAAAAUGUAUUUAUAAAUGCCCUUAAGAUUCAUUAGCCCUUUGACUACACUGCUGUCAGGAAAGAACAGAGCAUAGGAGAGGGCCACAUCUGAAAGUGAAUAGACAUUCUAGGGCAAGGGAGGGUUUACAUUUAAAACAGAACCACAAUAACUGCAAAAAUAUAUUUACCGUAUUUUUUGCUCUAUAAGACUCACUUUUUCCCUCCUAAAAAGUAAGGGGAAAUGUGUGUGCGUCUUAUGGAGCGAAUGCAGGCUGCGCAGCUAUCCCAGAAGCCAGAACAGCAAGAGGGAUUGCUGCUUUCGCUGCGCAGCGAUCCCUCUUGCUGUUCUGGCUUCUGGGAUUCAGAAUAUUUUUUUUCUUGUUUUCCUCCUCCAAAAACUAGGUGCGUCUUGUGGUCUGGUACGCCUUAUAGAGCGAAAAAUACAGUAAUUGUCAUGUGUGAAAAUACCUUCAGAAAACUGUCUGCAUCAAAGCCCACAGUCAAAAGUGAGGAUCCCUCAGAUAUUCUAAUCAUACUGGUUCAAUCGUUCCAGCCCCGAGCAAAGCAUCCAAUUAAUUGUCCUUUUUGGAGGUGAGACUCCCAUUACUAUAGAAGUCUGGAAAUUAAGCCUAAAAGCUGUUGGUUUUGGGGGUUUUUUAAUGGCUCUUUCUGAUCUUUUCUACUCUUCAGAUAAAACUCUUAUCUUCUGCUCUUUCUUCCCUGAGUUAAAAAAAUAAUACAACAGAAAGAGAACAGAAGGGGAAUACUCUUGGGUGGUGUUUUGAUUCUGUGUUCAGUUAAGGAUCAUUUAAUUACUUGGCAAUCCAUCGAGUAAAAUAACCAUUAUAACAAUGCAGACCAGAGGCACUGUAUCAGUUUUUCAAAAGCAUGAAUGCAUCUGAAUUGACAGAGUGCAGCCACACACAUUCAGUUUAAGUCUCACACAUUCAGAACCUAAAUAGAUGUGAAAUGUUGCAUUUGUUGAAUCACAUAUCUGCCAGGACUGCAUAUAAAGGGAGGGUAGUAAUAGGUCUGUUUUUUUACAUAAAAAGUGUCCUGUGGAUGAAAGGAGCUGAACCCCCACCCCCAUUAUAUUCCUGAAAUCCCUUUCUCUGAAUCCUUUUCUCCCCCAGUCUGGUGUUGAUACUGGGAAGUACAGUGGUACCUCGGGUUAAGUACUUAACCUGAAACUGUUCUUAACCUGAAGCACCAUUUUAGCUAAUGGGGCCUCCUGCUGCUGCUGCUGCGCGAUUUCUGUUCUCAUCCUGAAGCAAAGUUCUUAACCUGAAGCACUAUUUCUGGGUUAGUGGAGUCUGUAACCUGAAGCAUAUGUAACCUGAAGCGUAUGUAACCCGAGGUACCACUGUAUACUGCACAGGGAUAAAAGUGCUUAGGGUUAUGGGCCAAUAUAAGUCAACAUCCCCUUUAAAAAAAAACAACUCUGGAAACUGACUCAUGAAAGAUGAUGGGAGUUGUAGUCCCAAAACAUCUGGAGGGCCGAGUUUGCCUUUGCCUGCUAUAGUUGCAUCCCUAAAACCUCACAAUCCACAUUUUAUAAUUCUUAAAGUUGCAGAAACAGCCCAAACUCUUUGGAUCUGGCUGAGGCAAUGCUGUUUCCACACCCAUGUUGUUCUUUACACUUGGAUGUCUCUCUGUAAAGAGCAGUGGGUAGAAUUAAUCUUGGCCUGUGGGCAAUCCAAUUCCUUCCCUAGUCCUCAACUCUUCAGUCAUAUUACUUGAAAUAUACUCAGAGUCGAGUGUGGAUUUCAUGCUCUUUAUUCAGCUCAUAGUAGUGAGGAAAUGAAAGUUCCCCCAAAAUAUCUGCUUUAUAUACAUUAUUUACGCAAUGGGCUGCACGUGAUUGGCUAAUUCUGGGAUUCUCUUGUAGGCCAAUCAGGUUGCGGAUUCACUUUCACCUGGAGCUGGAUUGGGUGGCUCCUGCGGACCAAUCAUACUGCUGCGUUGUUCUAGGACCAAUCAGACUCUUGCAUUCUGAAUCCUAUUGUUCUAGGACCAAUCAGACUGCUGCCUUUUGGAUCCUAUUCAACUCAGUACAUAACACCAUUGAUGAGCUGUUGGGGAGUAGGGAUGGGGAAGAAACUGGGUUUGGUGUGAACUUCAAUAAGAAGAACCUACCUAAUUUGCAGUUUCUGAAACAAUAUGCAAACACAGCUACCUUUUGAAACUCACACUUCUUCAAAUUUCAUGAUGCAACUCUCCAACCAAAUAAUGUGUAUAGAAGUGUGCAUACAUUAGUGAAAAUAGCAUAUAAAAUGCAUUUUAUUAGGGGGAAAUGCCAGCAAAAACGUGCCCAUUGGGAGAAAUUUGUACUAAAAUGCUGGCAUAUUUUCACAAGGACUUUAAAAAUAACUUCACAGAAUGAUGCAGAAAUAUGGAGAACUGAAUAUAAGAUUUAAAAAGAGAGAGAGAGAAAUAGAGAAAAUGAGAUAGACAGAUUCAUCCACUUCUAGUAUGGUGUAGUGUUAGGCUUCCUUAACCUUGGUCCUCCAGAUGUUUUGAGACAACAAUUCCUAUCAUCCCUGACCACUGGUCCUGCUAGCUAGGGCUCAUGGGAGUUGUAGGCCAAAAACAUCUGGAGGGCCGAGGUUGAGGAAUCCUGGUGUAGUGGUUAGAGCAACCUUUCCCAAACAUGGGUCCCUAGCUAUUGUCGGACUACAACUCCUAUCUUCCCUGACCACUGGUCCUGCUAGCUAGGGAUGGUGGGAGUUGUAGGCCAAAAACAUUUGGGGACCCAAGGUUGAAAAAGGAUAGGUUAGUGUGUGAGACUAGGAUCUGGGAGGCUAGGGUUCAAAUCACCACUCAGUGAUGUAUCUCACUGAGUGAACUUGAGACAGUCACUAUUUCUCAACAUAAUUUACCUCACAGGGCUUUUGUGAAAAUAAUGGCGGGGGGCGUGCGUGCAGGGAGAACUACUGUAUAUAUGCCACUUUGUGUUCUUUGGCAGAAAAGUAGGAGAUAAAUAAUUUAAAUGAAAUGAAUUAUUUCCAAUUCUCAGCCUAAGGUUGUAAACCUGGAAAUAAGCCCCGCUGUAUUCAAUAACAUAGACUCCUGAGUGGAGCAAAACAUUAAAGCACAUUUAAGCAAUAAAAUAAUUAAUGGUAGGCAAUCACAAACAGAGAUUUACAGUGAAUCCCAAGGAAAAGAAUGCUUGAAUUUAGAGAAGGUUUUUUUUUAAAGAAAGAAAGAAGCAGCAGCAAAAUGACUUUAUCAUAGAAAAUAAGCACCAGCACAAAUACACUGAGGGCUUUCAUCUAGCCCCUGUGUAGCUCCUUAUCCAAAGGACUUCUGGCCCUUUCCUUUUCAACAACCAGAGGUUUUAAUUAAGCUCUCCUAUUAUUAGGCACCUCAGAGAAAGAGGCAAACGUCUUUAAUGCCAUUCUAGUUCCUCCCAGUGUAUACAGCAACAGACCCUUCCAUACUUCUCCCCUCAUUUACCUCAGCAGCUCACAGACAGAUGGGAGUGCUCUAGUAGUGAGCAGGGGGAGAAGCAUAGAGUCUGCUAUGGUUCAUUUGGGUUUUAAGGCCACAUCUACACCAUACAUUUAAAGCACAUAGCUUCCCCCAAAAGAAUGAUGGGAACUGUAGCCUGUUAAAAGUGCUGAUCAUUGUAGCUUUGUGAAGGGUAAACUACAGUUCCCAAGAUUAUUUGGGGGCAGCCAUGUGCUUAAAUGUGCAUUAAAUGUAUGGCGUGGAUAUGCUUUCUGUGUGAGAAGCCCUUUCUUUACCCGUGUCUCCUGGUGGAUUUGCCUCUGUUUUCGAUCACACUGGGAGAGCAGCAGUGUUGGAGAAAUAUCUGUGUAGAAUGUUUCCCCAUGACAUUUCUGAAAACUGUCUUGACAAAUCCUGAGAUGAUCUGCUUGCUCUUAUUUUCUGGAAGUGAUGAAGAAGCAAAUAGCAUGGUCUCUUACGGAACAGCAAGUGAUUCUCAGCAGAAAUUCUGCUUUGCCUCUGAAAAAUUUUGCAGAAGACAGUGUCUUUCAAAAUAUGUGAUUAUGGCUGGAGACAGAUGAUGUACUUUAUGACAAGUGGCACAUUCAACAGCUAGUAUUUUGAUUAGAAUUGAUGCAGCCACAGAAUUUUUUUCAAUUAUAUGUAUGUCUCUGCUGCAUAAGAGAUUAGUUUCCCAUUUUGAAACAAAUAACCUCCUCUCUCCUUGCUAAACAGCAGUUUCUGUCCUAAGUGACAUUGUGAUUUGAUACUUUUAUCCUUAAGCAUGACCAUGGCCAAAAAAGUGGCGGAUGCAAAAAUGGUCUUAGGUUCUUUGGUGGAUUUUUGUAAAGUACCAGUAAUCUGUCUUUCUGCUAAUUCCACUUUUUGAUAUGAUGGAAACCUGCCCGCCCCGCCCCCCCGGCCCAUGUCUGUGGGCAUCAUAGCUUUGCAAUCAAAGGCACAAGCCCUUAGAGGUUCUGUUUUUUAAAUGGAAAAUUUAAAAGAGAAGGAAAUGGAUGGAGAGAGAUAAAUGCCAGAAAGCAGAAACCAUUCCAUCUGUCCUGGAAGCCCCAAUCCAUAGAAUUCCAGGCCAACGAGAUGUUAAAACUCAAAUAUGUUAAAACUAAUACAUAUGGAGUCAUUCCAACACCAUAUCUCUUUUCCUCUCUUACUGCUAACAGCUUCCUGAACAUUUCCUUGUCCCCAGCUCAGUUCAUUAGCUGUCAUCUGUGGCAUAGGAGAAACAUGAUGACAUCCACUCUUACUUGAUGUAACACUAGGCGUUAUCAGUGGAAACAAGAAAGAGAAAUACUGAACAGCUCUGUAGCUUGUAAAAUCUGAUUAGGCCUUCAGACUCAAUAUUCCAGGUAUACUAAGAAUUUUGGAAUCCCAGAAACAGCCUUUGAAAUCUCAAGAUGGACUUGAAUAAUGGUGACAUUUGAAAACACAAUAAAUGUGGGGUCACUGUACAACCUUCCUGAUGAUUACGUAUCGAUGUGACAUUUUCAAGCUUAUUUUUGCAACCUCAAGAGUCAGGAAUGGGGCGAGGCAGUUAGAUAUCAAGGGGAAAAUAAAAAUAAAGUUUUCAGACUGAUCAAGUUGGCCUUGUAUGCUUCAGACCAGAAGCAGGGAACCUUUGUUUCUCCAGACAUUGCUGAAUUAUAACUCCCAUCAGCCAUGAUCAUUUGUCAUGCUGGCUGUGGCUGAUGAGAACUCAGCAACAUCAGGAGAGGCACAGGUUCUCUACCCCAAAGACUAUCAACACAACAAUAAACAUUGUGGUCAAAAUAUCUUGCCAGACUUACCUUUUCUUCUUCUAACAUCCUCUCCUCUUAUGUGUCCCAGGUAUCGGAACUGUGUGUAUACGUACAGGAUUCUACCAAAUAAAGAACAUAAGCUAGUUAUCCAGGUAAGCCCCCGUUUAAUGCUAAAUAUGGCACUUUAGUUUCACAUUCUAUUGUCUUAUAUGAGAAAUAUAUCAUAAGAGGGAGGACAAGGAUGAUGGCAGCUUUAGUCCAAGAACAUCUGAAGGGCCACAGCUUUACCAUUCGUGUUGUAGAGGGAUCUCAAAUAUGAUACUAACCAGAGACAACAGUGAGUGGUGUGUUGGUAAACAAAAUGUUGAGGAGUGCAAUGGAAGUGCACUGUUGCCCUAGUGUCAGUAGCUCUAGGUAUUUUUAUUCACAGUGGAUUCCCUAACUGCGGGCGGACGAUUACCAUGGAGAUGUUUCCUAGGCUAUGCAAUAAAUGCUGCUGAUUGCUCAGGAAAGCCAUAUGCAGUCUCAUUUUAUACUCUCCUGCACAGCGUGGAAUUGGAAGGUACCUUUGAGGUCACCAAGUCUAACUCUCUGCUCAGUGCAUAAUACAAUGGAGAGCCCAUCACCUCCUGAGGCAGUAUGUUCUGCUGUGAAACAGCUCUGUCUUCUGCAAGACAGUCUUUCACAUGUCAUUCUUGCAUUGCAGGGAGUUGUACUAAAUGACCCUUGGGGUCCCUUCCAGCUCUACAUUUCUAUAAUUCUAUGAUUGUAGAAAGACUGCUAUCAUGGAAUCGCCCAUUUGUGGUGAUUAAUGCAUUGGUAACCUCAAGACUUUGUGACUGGACAAAAUGCUGCAGCUGGACUGUUGAUGGGGAGAGACAAUCACCAGCACAUAAAAGCUUGCACUGGCUGCCCAGAUGUUACCAGGCCAGGUUCAACAUUCUUGUAUAAAUUAACCGGCCCUUAAUGGUAUGGAUCCAGGGUAUCUUAAGGGACACCUGUUCCUGAUCUACUGAGACCUUUAGGGCAGUCUCUGAUGGUGGUCUUCCAUGGCUCAGGUGCACAGCUCAUAACUACCAGAAACCAUGAAUUCAGUGAAUUGGGCCCAAACUCCCAACUGAGAUUUGACAGCGGGGACCCUCCUUGCUGACCUUCAGGUGAAUGACUAAAACUUUCUUGUUCCAGCUGGCAUUUUAAGGUAGUGUUUGGUCUUGUGAUAAUUCUUUAUUGCUUUAUUCUCCCAUUUUCUGUGGAUAAUUUUUUAUGCAUGCCACUUAGAAAUUCAAAUAGUUAAGCAGUAUAUAAAUGUCUAAAAUAAAUAAGUGUCAGCCUAUAAACUUCUCUUCUCCGGGCUAAACACACACAAUCCUUUCAACCAUUCCUUGUAGAACCAUCCACAAUCCUACCUUUUCCCCACUGUGGGACAUCAGAAAACACUGACUGCACUUGGCCUCUGAUUUCCAGAUGCAGCAUUUUCUUCCCUUUGGGGAAGGCCUUUAUAUAAUCCAGCUUUUCUGCUCAGUGAGUCUUCUGGGGGAAGGAGAAUGCCUGAGGCACAUCCUAAGGGCAAUCCCAUUGAGCAUAGGGGGAAAUUAUAUGAUUUUUUUUUAAAUUUCAAGCAUGACCAAGUUGCAGAUGUCCGGUCCAUUUAUGUGAGAUGGGAAACUAAUUUACCUGUGGCCAUGCAUCGUUCUUCUUCCAUCAUUUGACCUAAAGCAGGGAUGUGACUGGGCUGCUCAUACCCUUGAAUGCUGGGCCUUUUAUGCCCAGCAUUAUUCAUAAGCAUUUCAUUCAUCCAAUGUCGUCUAAGGAUAUCCUUCCCAUUCCUGGCAUAAAAGGGCUCUGAUUUUGCUCUCCUUCAGCACUUCCUGACCUCAAGAUUCCACGGUAGUUUCUGGCCUUGCACAGACUGAUGAAAGCUUUGUGCAUCUGGUCACUUUUUUUCCUGCUCCGCCUCUGAGGUCGGGACUCUGUGUAACAGGAAAUCGAUGACACACAGUGCGUAGUUCGAAAGCAGCCCAGCAACUGUGACUCAUUGCUCACCAAAAGAAGCUGAAACUGUAGGAUGCUUAUGCAUUCUUAUCACACUAGAAGCUAUCAGCUUGCUGGAGAGUUGAUGGGGCCUGAUAAACAUGAAGGUGCUUUUCCUGUUGGAGUCCCCACUGAAAACAUAAGAACUGUGCUGCACAGGGCUAGGCUGCAAGUCGCAUUGUAAUAAAUGGAGCAAGUGUUCAGAACCUAUUUGGAUAUGACACACACACACACACACACACACACACACACACAGUUCUCCAAAUGAAUGUUCUGAAUAACUCAGGUUUAAAUAAAUUCAACCCCAUGCCUCCCCAUAGGGAGGUUAAGAGCUUAGAAGCAUAGAAUUAAAGGGAAGCGACCACGAAGGUCAUCAUCUUUUUUGCCCAGUGUGGGGCUCAAACCCACAACCCUGAGAUUAAGAGUCUCAUGCUCUACCAACUGACUAUAUAGCCACAAGCUAAAGAGAAAGAUAGCAUGAUGCUAAAGCCAUGAAGUCAGCCGUUGUAACUGAUGUUUUAUGAGAGUCCUGGAAGGGUCUUGCAGACAUAUAUUAGCAUCCACUAGGUAGCAUGCCAGAAGAUUGUACAUGGUACCUUCUACCACUGAGCUAUUGCCCUUCCAAUUUAUUAAUUUUACUAUUUUUAAACUUUAAACUUCCUUGGGUACCUUAGCAGAAAGGUAGUAUACAAAUGGAAUAAACAAACUAACUAACUAAAAUACAUUAAAAUAUAAAACAUACAGAACAUAACUUACAAAACAGCUAUAAAAUUUUGCUCCUGCCUAAGUAAAAAGAUUUAGUCAACAAUCACACCAGUUUCCCCCCCUCCUUAUCUGUGCAGAUAUAUGUAGGAUAUUCCCCUAGUAUGAUUAGUAUGGCAGCUUAGAAUUGAUCCUGUAUUUCCUGCAACUGGCCUUGUCACUGACGUCAUAGACAGAAUUUUAUUUUAUUUUCCUGUGCAAAUGAGACACAGUGUCAGGUCUCCAGUGUCAGUUCUAUGUGGAAAUGGGAAUAAGGGCUAUACUGGGAACUGUGCCAGUUCCUGCACUGGAAUUUUUGCCAGUCCACCCUCCCUAGCUUGCUGUUCUAACCAUCUGAUAAUGACCUUAGGAAGCUAUCCUUCCAUUGUUUAAAAAUGAUGUGGCCUAUCCUGCACACAGCUGAUGGCUGUUUGACAUGAGAUAAUGUAGGGCUGCCAUACGUCCAGAAUUUCCCGGACAUACACAGAAUACUGUGGUCAAAAGCAGUGUCUGAGCGGAAAUCAGCUAUAUGUACGCAAAAUUCCAGACAUAUGGCAAGCCAUGUUGACAGUGCCGUUUUUGCCGAUUCUUGUAAAUAACAGUUCAAAAUACAGUGGUACCUCGGUUUAAGAACAGUCCAGUUUAAGAACGAUUUGGUGUACAAACUCCACAAAACCAGAAAUAGUGUCUUGGUUUGAGAACUUUAUCUCGGUCUAAGAACGGAAUCCGAAUGGUGGAAGGGCACUGGUGGCGGGAGGCCUCAUUAGGGAAAGCGUGCCUUGGUUUAAGAACGGUUUUGGUUUAAGAACGGACUUCCAGAAUGGAUUAAGUUCAUAAACCGAGGUACCACUGUAGCUCGAAGGCUUUUUGAAAUAUGGCAACCCUAUGGAACCUUACAGCAUGUGGGAGCAGUAACUGAGUUAGCUCACACAAUUAUUAUUUGUUAAUACAAGUAGUUUUGAUUCUCUCCUGUCACACCUUCAUGGUGACAAAUGUAAUAUGGCGCCCAGGCAAGCAAGAAUGCUGUCUGUACCAAUUCCAUUUCACAAUAUUUGCCCAUAUGAGCACAAACACCUGGAGACAACUCUGGUAUGCUCCUAUAGGGAGCCCGAAGCACUGUGUUAACCAGUUUCAUAUUUUCAGUAUUGAAAACCAAGAGAUCAGUUAGUUUUCAGUUUGUGUGUAUUGGCAUUCUGUUCCAUCAUUUUUGGAAAAGUCACAUUUGAAAGCCUUUUUACACAGCCACCAGUUAUCCACAUUUGCUUACAUGCUGAAGGAGCAAAGGAGAACUGAAGUGAGUGGAGAAAGUCACCUACUCACAGCAAGACCAAGAACCCCUGGCUUAUCUCUCUUGCGUCCUGGGGAAAAUAGCCAUGUAAAAGAUGAGUAGGAGCCAUUCCUCUGGUGGGUGAUGCACAGUUCCAUAGAAGAACAUAGUGACCUGCUACUGGCCAAAGAGAAUGCAUGGCUGAUUUUGGCUUUUAAAGAUUUGCAUGACCCAAGGCAGGAAUACAAAGAGGAUUGCCUUUCUCCCCAUGAGCCUGUAUGUCAGUUGGGGAUAGAUGGAUCAAAUUGUUUGCAUUCUGUGUUACUUCUGCAUACACUCCAUCAUAGGUCUGUUCCACCCUGGGUUUGGUGGGAUUUUUUUUAAGCACCAAAAAUGCAUUAAAAUUAUAUGCAUUUUCUACACUUUUUUUUUUUUUUUGCUGAGAAUUGUAAGGAUACCCCUAUUCACUUCCCAGAGCUAUAAUUCUCAGAGUAGUUUAACAAUCAACCCCUGGGAAUUCUGGGAACUGUAGCUGUGUGAGGGGAACAGGGGUCUCCUAACAACUCUCCACACUCUUAACAAGCUACAGUUCCCAGAAUUCUUUGGGGGAAGCCAUGACUACUAAAAGUCAUGGAACAGUGCUUUAAAUGCACAGUGCAGUUGGGGCCUAGGGAUAGAUAUACUAAAGAAAAGAAAAGAAAACCUUGCACAGCUCAAACAUUCCUGGUUCAUGUAGAUUUAGGCUGCUGUUUCAGUAUGACAAUCUUGCAAUAAUAACCUCUGGAUACUGACUGUGUAAAUAAUCUCAAAGUGCUUUGGGAAGAUGCUUCUGUCUUUUAGGAGAUUCAAUUGAUUACAUAUGUCACUGUGCAUUACAGCUAUUGUUACUACAUAUAAAUCUUUUCAUGCCUUGCAUUUAGCAGUUCAGAUUAACAGCAUGCCAAAAAAACCACCCCACUGCUAUUUUAGCUUUUCAAAUGACAGAAUUGCUUGAAAACGCAAAGAGUGGUGUUACUUGUCUUUAUGCCAACACUUGUUGGAAAGAGGAAGUACCAGUAUUUUAGACAAUGUCGGCAUGGUAUGUUCCGUAAAUGCUGUGCGCUUGUACUAUAAUGCAUAUGUUGGCAGAUAAUUAUUUUUCAACUACACACAUAGUCUCCUGCAUAACUGUUUUAGGGCAUAUACAGAAUAGAGUGUUCUAAAUAGCUUAUUUUCAAAUUUUAGGUGCUUAUCAGAAGCAUGCAAGCACCCAUUUUCCUGGUAACCCAGGGCAACUAGAACAUUUCAAUAAACAAUUGGAUGUUGUUUGGAAACCUGUGAAAAACAUUUAUUUUAAAAGCAAAUUUCUGGCAUUUAUGAAUGGGGAGGAAAUGCAGUGUGUACCACUAACAACAGCUGCAUGUGGCUACCCCUUGGGCAUCUCACAUGUCAGGAAAAGGAAAGGCAGUGAUGAUAAUCGUCAAUAUUAGAGAAACCGUGAAAAGAGAAAUUAGCUAAGAUAUAUAUUCUACGUGAUGUACUCUUAACAGGAAAAUUGAAAAUGAUAGAAGAUUAUGACAUGUAAUUUAUUUUAGUAGAAAACAAUGGUUUGUAGCCAACAAAAUCCUCCCACUAGCACAAAAAACCAUGCGCAAUGGGACUUCUCCCUCUCCAUUCUCCACACAUGCACCCCACACCCCAGAUUUGCUCCAGAGGGUUGGGGGAGCCACUAGAAUAGAAUUGUCUGGAGCGGGCAUGGGAAGAGGAAUGGGAGAGGAACUCCUAUUGUGCAGGUAGAAAUCAUUGCACUAAUGGUACAGCUUUGUUGCACACAAUCCUGUGAACAUGAUUAUUGUGAAUAACGGAAGAAAUAGAUUAAUGAUUGAUAGAUUAAUGGGACUGCUUUUAAAUUAUGUCCCCAAACAAAAGGGAGUUUGUUGCAUUAUCUAUCUUUCUCUAAGAUCUCAAUGGCUUGUGUCUUCAAUACUGUGUUCUAUAAGGACUUAGGAAUAAGAGGGUCCCCACGACCAUUGCACCCUAAUAAAACCUAAACCCAGGAGCUGAUGCCUUAAAGAACACAUAUUGCAUUAAAAAAACAAACCCCUGGAGCUGAAGAAAAUUACCAACAAAAAUGUUAUUUAUAGACCUUUUUAUUACUCAGUGCUAUUGAUGAAGGCUUGAAGCAGUGGAGGGGAACAGCAGGGGUCUGAUGUGGCCCUCCAGGCCUCUCGAUCUGGCCCUUGAGACUCUCCCCUGAUCAUGUCUCAUCUCUCUGGGCAAGUCACCAUCCCUGCCCUGUGCUCUCACCUGCCUAGAAUGUAUAUUUGAACUGUGAUAAUACAUUUUAACUUGUCUGGGUGGGUGAUAGAAACAUCUGCAUGGCUAAAAGGUACCUAAUGUGCAAAGGUGGGAGGCACAUCUGUUGCUGGCCUUGCCCCCCACGGGCAUCUGCCCUUUGGAAGGGAGGGAAUGCAGCUCUGAGACUAAACCAGGCCCCAGAUUAAAUAUGAUGUUAAAAUGGAGAAGGGCUGUAGCUUAGAGGUAUGGUAUAUGCUUCAUGCACAGAAUGUCCAGGCUUCAAUCCCAGCAUUUCCAACUAGGGCUGGGAAGGUCCCUAUCAGAAAACCUUGGGAGCUGCUGCCAGUCAGUGUAGACAGUACUAAGCUAGAUGGAUAUAUCCCUCUUUGAUGUGAGCAUUUUUUUAAAAAAUGCAAGUAGUCAUCACAGCUGGAUCCUAGGAGCACUGGGGGCCACAGCGGACCAGGAGGAAGAGUUUAACUCUUACCAACCCACACCCUGGUUAUGGUCCCAGUUAAAAUCACAUUCCCCCAGCCCCUGGUGCUGUUUUUGCACUGUGAGGAAACAUCAUGUUUAGUUUUAUCCCAAUUACCAUGAACAGCAGAGAAGGUAAAAAAUGCUUCCCUUCUGUGCCCACUUCAGGUUGUCCAUGCAGGUCGGGGGUUCAUAUGACAGACUUUUCCUGCAUACAAAAAUCCCCUAUCAAAAAAUUAGAUGUGAAAGGAAAGUUUUCUAGCCUAGACUUCUUUCUAGAAAGCUAGGUUUCUAUCUAAAGGGACAUUUUCGUGCACUCAGUCUACAGUGGUACAGCCCAGAAACAGGUUUACCUCAUCUGCUGUUAGUGAGAACUUUUGUAGAAAGAUGAACAUGAGAUUUCGACACAUUGGCUUUUAGGAACAGCUAAACCUCGGUACAAGUAAUGAGCACAGCUUGCUGUCAGCCACACCAACAAAGCUCACACUCCCCCUGUCAUCCUCAUUCAGUUCCACUUUCCUUUCCACCCGCAAAGUUGCAUUUAAAAUAGUCUAAACUUGUGGCUGGCUUGUAUUUUGGGAAACAGCUUUUUCUUCCAGCUGCAAGUCCCAUCUUAAGGUCACAUUACUGUGAUAGGCUUCUGGAAUUGCUUUGCCCAAAGUGGGUUUCAGGGCUCUUAGAUUUAGUAAACGAUGUUUACAAAAGCAUAUCUGGCAGGGGAGGGGGGAGCAGGGCCUGCAUAACCUUUUCUCCCUCCCCAACAGCUUUCUCUCUCCCCACCCCCCAGCUUCCUUGCUUCACAGGCAGCUAUAGCUCCUUCCCUCUCACCCACUCAAACACACACUGAGGCCGCACACUCACCAGACUACUAAUGCGCAUGUGCGUUUUUGUGCAUGUUCACCCACACAUGAGCACUUCCAAUCAAAUGCUAUCUCAGUGUUUCCCACCCACAGUAGGGGGCAGAGCUUGUUGCACCUAGGGACGGCCUGUCCCUUUUAGCCACCUGAGGUGAAACAGGAAGCUGCCAUCCCACUGCUGUCCCACCACCACCGAAGGCCCCUCCGCCAAAGCCUCCUUUACAUAAGUUGAUGGUGGUGCUUGUGAAGCAGUGGCUACGACAGCUAUUUUUGGUGAGAUCUCACUUCUCCAGCUCUUGGGGUUCUGCCCAAGGGGCUUACUGAGGUCUAAAGUGCAUUCUCUGGCCUGUGGUGCAGUAAGAUAAUUUUAAACUCGGUGGCCUUACUCGGGGAGGGAUUUUUUUUUUUACAAGUUAAUGUGUAUUGCUUCACUUCAGAACGUCUUAUGACAGCUCUGCUGCAUUUGGGAUCCCUCCUGCUUAUUCUGUUGAGGGGAAGACCUGACCUCAGUCCUGUCCUGCUCUGACAGCAUCAUUGUCUGUGGCAGUUUAGCUACACUCCACAGAGAUGAUAUUUGGGGCCAUGGAAACUGGCUGCUAGUGGACACCUCAACAUCAACUCCCCACCCCAUUCUAUUAAAAUUUACAGUGCAGGUCUCAAUGAUACAGAGAGGGUGGAAUUCCCCCUGCUAUCCAUCCAGUGACCACAAGGGCAGAACCACACCAUUCAAAGCACAUAUCUUUCACCAAGAAUCCUGGGAACUGUAGUUUCCCCCCUCACAGAGUUACAGUUCCCAACACCCUUAACAAACUACAGUUCCCAAGAUUCUGAGGUGGGGGGGCCAUGUGCUCUAAUGUGUGGAGCCAUGCAUUUUACAUCUGCACUGAAUGGUAGUUUCUGUACCAAAACCUGGUUUGAAGUCAGAUUGAAAGGUCUGGAUAAUGGAUAGUGGAUCCAGUGAAUCAAAUGUUGGCAUUUGGGGAAUUUGGAGAGCAAACAGUGGCAUGUAGAAAGGGGAGUGUUACACAGUAAGUAGCUGGAAACCUGGGACUGCUACUGAAGAGUUCUUAGUAGACAUGAUGCGGUGGAAGAGGGGCAUAUUGGGAGUGGGCAAUGAUGAGGUUUUUUUAGUUGCCAAUUAAAGGUAAAGGUAAAGGUACCCCUGCUCAUACGGGCCAGUUGUGUCUGACUCUAGGGUUGUGCGCCCAUCUCACUUAAGAGGCCGGGGGCCAGCGCUGUCCGGAGACACUUCCGGGUCACGUGGCCAGCAUGACGAAGCUGCUCUGGCGAGCCGGCACCAGCGCAGCACACGGAAACGCCGUUUACCUUCCCGCUAUAAAGCAGUACCUAUUUAUCUACUUGCACUUAGGAGUGCUUUCGAACUGCUAGGUGGGCAGGAGCUGGGACCGAAAGAUGGGAGCCCACCCCGCCGCGGGGAUUCGAACUGCCGACCAUGCGAUCGGCAAGCCCUAGGCGCUGAGGUUUUACCCACAGCGCCACCCGCAUCCCAGUUGCCAAUUAGUGGUUCUGCUAAUGGCUCCCAGCUCCAUGUGGCAAAUAUCCCUAUGCAUGUCUUAGGUACGGAGUGUGGACCUUCACAGUUAUAUAGUGAUCCACACAUGGUUAGCCCAAGUAAGUCAGAUCACAUCCAAAACAUACAUUUAAAGCACAUGGCUUUCCCCAGAGAAUCCUGAGAACUCUAGUUUGUUAAGGGUGCUGGGAAUUACAGCUCUGUAAAAUACAGUUGCUAGGAUUCCUUGAUGGAAGCCAUGUGCUUGAUGGUGUGAUCUGGCUUACUUGGGCUAGAUGACCCUAAAACACAUCGGUGAAGCAAUUCCCCCUGAUCAGCUUCUCUGUGUUAGCUUUAAGCCUUAUUCUACACAUUGAGCAAGUGUGCUGUGCCCAUAUAUUUGGGCUUGCAUUUCAAACAUGAGCAGAGGGGGAGAAAAGAGACUGUCUUUUGAAACUGUAAUUUUUGACUACUAAAGAUAGUGACUCUCAUGGACCUCAGCCGUCAUCCCAGCUUGCUUUCUGCGGUUGUGCAUUUCUCACUUCUGCUUCCACUGCUUGUUUCCAUUUCUGUUCCUCAUUAAAUUUAAAAAAGUAAAAACACCCAGAGCCAGAAUCUAUGUUGUUCACGUUUUUCCUCAACUUUCCACAUUCUUACAUAGAUGGUUUAUAUUAAAUGUAAUCAAUAUUUUCCCCAAGAUUUUGCUGCAGCCCUGGUGACACUAAUAGCACUUUUUGGUAUUUUCACUGGGUCUGUAUGGGAUAAAUAUUGCUAUGUGCACUCCAGUCUCCAAGCCAUACUGAGGAAGGACUGAUCUCUCUGGUGGGGGUGGGAAUUCAGGGGUGGCUGGUGCCCAUUGUGACUGGUAGGGUACAAGGCAGGGAGCCCAAAAAGGAGGUGGAGCCAGACUCAGGUUGCUUUCAUAUUGUACUUUUAAAGCACCAUACCACUUUAAACAGUCAUGGCUUCCCCACAAAGAAUUUUUGGAACUGCAGCUUGUUAAGGGUGCUGAGGGUUGUUAACUUACAAGAUGCCUAUUCCUGUCACAAAAUUACAAUUCUCUUAAAAGUUCAUCUUGCUUACAGGGAACUCUGAAAAUUGUGGGUCUGUGAGGGGGAAUACAGUGGUACCUUGGGUUACAUACGCUUCAGGUUACAUACGCUUCAGGUUACAGAUUUAGCUAAAAUGGUGCUUCAGGUUAAGAACAGUUUCAGGUUAAGAACAGACCUCCAGAACGAAUUAAGUUCUUAACCUGAGCUACCACUGUAGAGGUCUCCUAACAACUCUUAGCACCCUUAACAAACUACAGCUCCCAUAAUUCUUUGGGUCAAGCCAUGGUGGUUUAAAGUGGUAUUACAGUGCUUUAAAUUUAUGGUGUGAAUGUGGCCUUAACAAGAGAGAGAGAGAGAUAAUAAACUAAUUCUAGUUUUGUCCCCAUCCUCUUCCCUUCUACAAGGGUAACACUGAGACUAGGAAGAAGAUAAGUAGGAAGAAAGGAAAAUAGAUGGGGGCUGGCUGAGGUUGGUAGAGCAGUACCCUACUUUCCGUAAUAGAUGGGCUGCCGCUGCAGUGAUUGAUAUAGGAGACACACACCAUAAGCAGAUCAAGAAUGUGCGCUAGAAAAAACAUUGUCGAGGUUAAAAUCCCCCAAAGUGCUUUUGCCAACCGUCUACAAGCUAUUGUUGUGUAGUGAUGUGUAGUGAUGAACCAAUGUAAAGGUGAAAGGGAUUGAGUAGGGUUAAGUAGGGUUAAUAUUUGUGAACCAGUAAUUUCAGAAGAAAUGUGGCAAGUUAUUUUCACACACUGAAAGCAGCUACUCAGUUUCUACAAGUCUGAGAGACAAUUCUAUUAAGGUUUCAUAUGGAUGGUGCCUCUUGGCUACAAAAUUAAUUACGUUCUGCAGAAUGAAUGCAAAGAUAUGAUGGAGAUGCAUGAGUACAAAUGCUGACAAUUUUCUUUUGUGGUGGGAGUGUAAGAGGAUCCAAGAAUAUUGGUGUGAAGUGGCUGAAAUAGGAGAUUUCUUUUUGGAUCUGCUUCCUGGCUUUAGCUCUGGUAAUUUUUCUAGUAUGUUGUCUAAAAGAAGUGAUGGAGGAAGGGGAAUGAAAAUGCUACUACUGUGGUAGUAAAUGGAAGCUAAAAGCAGGGGGGGGGAGAGAGAAUAAGGCGAACCAGUAAAUGAUUGUGCCUGCAGUAAAUGGAAAUCAGCCCAGACAGAUUGGUUGCUGCCACAGCACUCUUUUUCCCAGAAUAGAAAUAUUAUGGUGCAUAGAUUAUAAACUUCUGUUUGCUGAAAGCCAGGAAAGGACAACAGUGAUCUGAUUUAAGGGACAAGGAAGUAAAUCCCUUAUCAAUGAAUUGAAGAAACUGAAACUCUUGUGAUUAUUUUCUCAAAUGAAAUGCCUAUACAGUGGAACCUCUACUUACAACCAUAAUCCAUUCCGGAGGUCCGGUCAUAACUAGAAACGUACAUAAGUAGAGGCACACUUUUCCAUGGAAAGUAUUUGAAAAGUGAAUUGAUCUGUUCUAGACGAUGAAAAACACCCCCUAAAACAGCAAUUUAACACAGAUUUUACUGUCUAACGAGACCAUAGAUCCAUAAAAUGAAGGCAAUGAUCAAUGUACUAUACUAUAAAAUAAAUAAGACAGUAUUGUAGAUGAAAAAAAUAAACAUUUAAUUUUUUUCUUACGUGCACUGAGGGUGGACUGGCUUACCUUACAAGCUGGGGGUGGGGCAAGGGUCAGUAAAGAGCUGAUUCACUUCGGCCAGGGGCACUUUUUUUUCUUGCCAGGCCAGGUUCUUCUCUGGACUUCCUCAGGUUAGUUCUUUGGCGGGGUUUGGGGCUGCAGUGCGCCCUGCUGUUCCUCUUGCAGGCGGCACCUCUUCCACAGCUUCGGGGGUGGGAUGGGGGCCCUCUCCCCGGCGACGGAGGCCCCAGUGCUGCUCUGCAGCCGGCCAGGCUGCCAGCAAGGCCUGUGUUCAUAUUUAGAGGAAAGUUCAUAAGUCGAAGCACCUACUGAAGGUCAUAAGUGGAAUUGUAUGUAAGCAGAGCUGUAUGUAAGUCAAGGUUCCACUGUACAUAAAGGCUGUUCCAUAAUCUGUUUGUACCAGAAAAUUUUAUGGGAAACCUCUACUUUUUCUCCUUUAAGGCAUAGGCAAGUGUGAGGGGGAAAUGCACACUGCUGACUUAGGCUGUAUCCAGGGAACUGUAGUUUGUUAACAGUUCUUUAGGGGGCAACUACAAUUCCCAGGAUUCUUUGGGGGUGCCUAAAUAUUUGUUGUGUAUGUAGCCUGACUCAUCUGAAGAGAAGGUUUUACAUAGGUUUGUAUCCUUUGAAACACAGGAGUGCUUGUCUGGUCUGAUGUACCUACGGUGCAAUCCUAUCCAUGUCUCAUCUGAAAUAAGCCCCACUGAGUUUAAUGGGGCUUUAUGCUUCUGACGAAAGAGGGCAGAGGGGUACACUCUUGAUCUAGCUAUUUGCUUGUGAAGACAGAGUUCCUCUGUAUGUAAGUAAGUUAACCAGCUGCCCAUUGUUUAAAACUGUUCCUGGGGAGGCAAUGGGCUAUAGCUGAUAAUGGUCUGCAUGCACACACACACCAUACCUUUAAAGUACAUUUGAAACACAUUCCUUCCCUCAAAGAAUUCUGGACACUGUAGUUUAUCCCUCACAGAGCAACUCUUAACAAACUGCAGAUAAUUGGUUGCAUAACAUUUAUGGACUAAAAAAAAAUUAACAAUAGCAAAUACUGCUUGUAUUCAUUGCAUGAUUUCCAUUCCUGACUCUAGACGAACAUGUGAAUUGUGGCAGUGGCUGUUUCUGUUUCCAUUUCUGAUCAUCCCUAGCUGCUGUAGUGCCAGAGACUUAAUUGGAAAGAUGACAAAGGAUGUGACAUUGUGUGGACUGAGCUUUCAUUUUACUACUGUCCACCACUAUAUGCUCUUUCUUUCUUUUGGUGGGAAUGAUAUUUAGCAAUAUUUGACAUCUGUUCUUUGUGGGGUGUUUUCAGGCAUCUGAAGGUGUUCCAGUGCAGUAUUUCAACAACUUGGAUGAUCUGAUAGAGUUUUACAAGAAAGAGAAUAUGGGUCUGAUCCGGAGCCUUAAAUUUCCAGUCCAGAAGGAAGAGGAGGAGGCAGCAGAGGAGCCAGAGGAGGAUAUGGGUAAGAAAUUCAAAACACAGAAGCCUGUGCUCCCAAGAUUGUCAGUUUAUUGGAAAUAACAGUGUUAAAUUGUCCAGACCUAAUCAAUAAAACCCAUCAGUUGAAGAAGGAAUUGUUAGCCUUUGCCCCGCUAUAAAGGCUGUCUUUCUUACACACACACACUUACUUCAAGGAGCAGGUGGGCAGUACCACAAAUAUAUAAGCCAUGCCAGUAGAAAUUUUGACUCACUGAAUGAAAGGUAGUCCAUAUAUGGUGACCAGCCUCUUAGGGGCUCAAUAAAUGUCCUGAUUUUGCUGCUUGCUUGCAUUCACCUUGCACAAGUUUUGUGCAGGUCUAGGCAAUAUUAUUAUUGUUGUUGUUGUUAUUGUUAUUAUUGUUAUUAUUAUUAUUGCAAGUUUGCAGGACAACAGCUUAAACUGUUCUUAAUUUUCUAAAUAUCUGCCCUUUUGACCAUUGCUUAGACUCAUUGCUUAGGGUAAUACAUAAUGUUAUACAACAGCUAAUUGCUUUAAGUAACAGGAAUAAGCUGCUACAUAUCCUGUAAUGGAUUUAAGGUUCAUUGGCUGUGCAUUUUAAAUUCUCUAUAACAAAGGCAUAUUUAGUUCAGUACUUCCACAGAGGUGUCGUUUUCAAUUUUCUUUUGUUGCAUCUAUAAUUCUUUUCCUAUUUCCGAUUUUUCUCAUUCACUUAGCACACUCAUUGUUCUUUGUUCAUUAAAGUUUCUUGCUUCAGUUUUAAAUGUUCUUUUGUGUUUUUUUUUAAAUGAUAUUUAUUAAAGUUUCACAAAAAUACAGAAAACAAAGAAAAAAGUAUAAAUUACAGCAAAAAAGUAAAAAGUAAGAAAAAACAUACAAAAUAAAACAGUUAAAAACACAAUAAUGUUCCAUAACCUAUCUUCCUUACUCUUAUUUCCCCAGACCUCCUCAUACCUCCCUUCUUUGUAUUCCAAUUCAGUUUGUUGGUUCAGCAAAUCCUUAGUUUUAAAUGUUCUUUUGUACUUCUAAGCUGCAGAAGGCAGCUUCCGCACCGGGGUCAUUUAGUACUGCUAAAACGUAAUUUUUAUACAGUACAGUCAUUUGGAACUGCAAUUAAAAUAGUUGUUUCAAAUGUUGUUUAAUAUUUUGUUUAUGUGUCCUACCAAUGUGGGCCUUGAAUUACUAUUUCACCAUUUUAAAACAAAAUAAUAAGAAUAAUUUAAAAAAUGGAAAGCAAUAGUUCAAUCACACACACCCCUCUCUCGCUUCAGGAAGAGAAACACUGAUUAAUUGAGAGGCAGUUCAGUUUGCUGUGCCCUCAUGGAACAGAAAGCAAUUACAGGAUCAGAAGUCACGAAGACAAAGCUUAUAUAGUUAAAGGCACAGUAGUCCUGGAAAAAACCCAGUAGUCCUGGAAAAAACCCAGUAACCGUUUACCAGUCUGUAAUGAAGAUGCUGACACUGCUAUUGCAUCUAAAGUGACAGCAAGCACCACAAAUCAGGUCUGAAAAACGACAACACAGAAAAACCUGGCAUGAAAUGGGUCAUCUAUAUUCUGUGUAAAAAGUGUGUAAAUGAAGCUUGGCAGUUGCUGACAAAACAGCUAAGGCAGAAGCAACCAAAGUUAGCUGGGGAAAGAGUCUGAAAAGUAAUACCACACUACUUUUAAAAUACCAUAUUGCUUCCAGCUAAGUUUUCAUAACCAUGGCUGCAGUUCUUGACAAUUCAGCAAGAUCAUUAAAGAAAAAUUCUAAUCUACUACUUAAAUUUAAAUGGUUCAGUUUCUUAAUAUGCCAGCUGUAUUUUGAUUGCUCUGCAAGCAUAAAGAAAGGAAGCUGGUAAUUAAGGUUGUAUACUUCCACUGUAGUCUGAAGGUAUACAUUGUACAUGAAACCUCUUCAAAGCCUUCCUAGCUCUGGCUGUGAAAUUUGUGAAUUCUUCAUUGAUAUUUGGUUCCCAAGAGAAUAUAUUUUGCAAGGAUGUAAUUUUUUCCACUGCUUGCUGGGUGUGUUCGCUGAUGUCAGUCUACCAUGAGAUGUAAAAUGAUUUAUUUCAUUUAUAUCCCACCUUUCCUCUAAGAAGCUCAAGAGUACAUGGGGUGUUCCCCCAGUCCUUGUAUCCUCAGAGCAGGGGUACCAACUUGAAUAAAAUAUGGGGGGGGAGGUAAGUCCCACCCCACAUAAUUAAUCACAUGAUGUGGUACAUGCACACCAUUUCAGUGUCAAUGCCCAUCAACUUUGGGGGGGGGCCCUGACCCCCUCAAAUAUUUUAUGGGGGGGGGCGAAGGGACCUUGGCUCCUAGCAGUUGGCUCCUAUGCCUCAGAGCACCCCCGUGGCAUAAACCAGCUGAGAGACAGUGACUGGCCCAUGGUCACCCAGUGAUUUUCAUGGCUGAGUGGGGAUUUGAAUCCUCUUAACAGUGCAAUCAAAACCCAAGAUCUUCCAGAAUGAGCGAGUUUGGAAUAGGCAGAUACUGGGCUGUCUGGCUCAGCCAGUGCUUAGCCAGUGGAAUGAAAGCCUGUGGAACCUAUGGGUGUAACUGUUUUGGGGGUGGGGUAGGGUGGGGCAGGUUAAGGAGAGACUUACACCUAUUUCAAAGCUCUUUCAGUCCUAUCACAUGACCUGGCAAUCUAGCAGAACUUAGGCCAGCCAAAAGGGUGGUAUAAGUAAAACUCUUAAAGGUUUGUUCUCCCACUGCCAGGCUCAGGACAUCGGGGCAACAUAUGCUGGCUUAGCUUAAGCCAACGAAAAUUCUGUUGACUUACACAGAGUACAGCACAGAUACCCUCAGAAUAGCACCCAACUGAAAAUUCAAAAAGCCAUUUAAAAGUAGCAUGGAAAGACAGCUGGAGAGCUUUUGGAUCUUACUCUUUCCUUCCCCUUUGCGCCAGAUCCUAUACCUGUGCCGCCUCUAUUACCUCCACGCAGCAUGUCAGUGCCACCUCUGGCAACUGAGGCAAAAGAAGAUCUUUCUCCAAAUGAACAUGCCCAGGUGGUGGAAGUGAGCAAACCAUCCCUUUCUGAGACGCUGCUCCAGCGAUUACAGCACCAAGACACCAGCAGGUGAGAUCUAGCCAUUCAUUUAUUUGAGGAAGUAGAAACAGUAAGUCUAGAAACGUAUUUUACUGUGUUUUGCUUAUCACAGCCAUUUUGAAUAGAGCCCCCAAGGGAGAUCCUUUUACUAGGUGCUGCAGUAACAGGAGACGUUGCACGCGGUGGAAUUCUCUUUUUUGUCCCUAUAUAAAAGGUACAGGAGGCUGUCAACCCUAAUUCCCCCACAGUGGUCAGCUCUGUGUUUGCCUGAUAGCUUUCAAGGAAAAUCCCUGAAAAUUUAGGGGAUAGAGGCAAAGGGAGAGGACCAGCAAUCAGCAGCAGGUUGAAGAACGACCAAAUGUGUUCGCAAACCAAAAUCAUUCUUCAUGAAAACAAAGGACAUUUUUAAUAUCCGACUACAGUUUCUCGCCAUUAGGAUAAUAUAAAAUUACCGAAGAACCACCCACUAAACAACCAUUAACUUUAAACAAUCCACGGACAAGGCCCAAGCUCCAACUAUGCCCUUCAGGGAAGAUGAUAAGAAACUCUCUAAUUACUGUGAACACUCUCACUAGACCUAGUGGCUAAAACCGUGCUGACUUAAAUAUAUAAGAACAUCAAGGCCUUAAAUAUCAUCCUUUGUACCAAAGUGAAUGUCAGCCCUGUAGACGUUUACCAGGAUAGGGCUGAACCAAGCCAGGUACCCCUAUUCGUAACACUGGCUGCAACUGAAAGCAGAACAAUCUAUGGAAGAUUCACACACCAUAUCUUCCUAUAAUCUUUCGUUACAAGCCACUAGACUUUGUUUAAUUAUCCUUCCCUUCAAAGGUCAGGUUGUUAACUGGUCGUCUACACAUGUCGCAAGAAGGCAUUUGGCUGAGCUUCUGGGCAUAGAUCCUCUUUCCAUCGAUCUGAAAUCCGCUGUCCACAUUUACAGCAAGCCACACAGGCAGAGGAUACUGCUCACCUUUGAUUCUAAAAGCUUCCAACUUAUAUGAUGUCCUUACGAAGCUACCUGACUAAUUAUAGAAUUUUUAUCACAAGAGUUUUUAUCAACACUAAGAUUUGCCCUCUUAUUCCCUACUCUCCAGUUAAAAGGAAAGCAAUUAAAAAUGAGGGCAUUCCAUCUACUACGAGCUCUACCUCUCCACCCUCAGACUUAAUUAGUUGGACAGAGACCCCCAUGCCCCUCCUAUCAAAGGCUACUCAUCUUGAGAAUUCGAUGGAGCAGGAAUUACUUGUCUCCUUCUCCCAUCUGCCAAAAGCCGAACAAACAGAGAUAACGGACAGACUAGAUGAGUUAUUACUCUAUCUCCGCAACUUUGAAGAUCUAGCGCCCAUAAAAGAGGCAAAUAUUCCACCUAACUUGGAGCGAAAAAUGGGUCAUGAAUCUCCUCAGGUCACGGCAGAACACACACCUCUACUCUGCCCAUCUGAAAUCCACGCCGAAAUCUCUGUGGCGCCCCUAAUCACAUUACCGGAGACUCAACCAUCCAAUGGUUGCAUCUUCCACGACAAGGUGAUAACACUAGAUGCUAUUGAAGAGACAAAAUGACUCUCACCCCUACUACUAUCCUGGAACGUUGCUGGAUGGCAAUCGAAAACAAGGGACAAAGACGUUUUAACCUACGUAUCACAGUUCAAGAUCAUCCUGCUCCAAGAAACCUGGAUGCAAAAUCCUUUCGAACUACACAAUUACUUUGCUUUCCAUUCCCCUGCCUCAAUCGGCCCAAAAGGCGGAAGACCGGCGGGAGGUUUGAGCACCUUCGUAUCGACAGAUCUAGGAGCCUCCCCUAUCCAAUUGAAAAUCGAUAAAAAAUGGAUUUUGGCCGUUAAAAUAUUCUCCACCCAUUUUAAGAUCAUAUGCAUCAAUGUUUAUAUUCACCCACUUAUGAAACAAACUGAUCUUAAAAACAUCUGGAACGAACUGGAAGACUGCAUUCUCCUUGUCUCAAAUAAGUUUCCCUCUGCCUCCUUAAUUAUUGGUGGGGAUUUUAAUGCAAGGCUAGGCCACUCAGACGAACAGUUAAUCAAGGAAAGUGGAAUGGGUCCCCUAAAUGCUAAUGAUGAAUAUUGGCCCCUAUUCAGGCGUCACUCACUUGACCCAGUCACCAAUUUUGCUGGUACAUGCCUUUUUUUUAAUGGCACUUAGAUUAAACCUUGUUAUUUUAAACGGCCUCUCCUCGGGGGACUGCCCUGGCCAAUUUACUUACUGGUCAGGCCUAAGGCAUUCUGUUAUUGACUACAUCCUUGUCUCCCAAGAACUUUUCGAUGAAUAUAUUGAAUUUACUGUAGAUAUAAGAACCGAAAGUGACCAUUUACCCCUAAAUCUUAAAAGGACUGAAUUUUGGGAACCCUCUAGAUGUGGGCUUGCCCCGCAGACUCCUGAUCCUAGCGCUUUACAACAAAUAGGUAGAUCCAGAAUUAAAUGGUCCCCUUAUGUUAAUAACCAUUUUGGUAUUUGGACACAAUCAAUGGAAGGUCAACUCCUCUGGGCUGAUCUGACUUCCAACGACACUGAAGAGACCUCCCCAAUUGACCAUUAUAACACAUUAAUCCGAAAACUCCAACCGUUAUUGUCAAGACCCAGAAGAUCUAACCAAAAUGACUCCCUACCAACAAAAAAUGGUUUGACCACGAAUGCACUCAGGCAAAACUUAUACUCAGGGAAUGCUUUAAGGUCUUCCAGCAAAAUCCUAACCCUAUCACUAAAUUGGAGUUACAACUUAAAAAAAAGAACUACAAAGAGUUAUUAAAAACCAAAAAAAGAACCGCAGACUCUCUCAUCUGGCAGGCCCUCAUAAAAGCGUCAAUAGAAAAAGACAAUUCUAAUUUCUGGAAAAUUAUCUCCAGUCAAACCAAAGCUCCUAAUGAGGGCACAAUAAUCCCUGCAAAUUCAUGGGAAGAGCACUAUAAAGUGCUGUUUAGGGAAGAUCGUCCUUCUGCGCCGCUUAACAUCCCCUUAGAUAAUGAUACACCAUGGCCCCCAACAUCUGAAACUGAAAUCGCUUCGCUAAUUCUACAAAUGAAAUCUGGCAAAGCCCCAGGAAGUGAUUUCAUUGUCGCUGAACUUUUGAAAGCGCAAAUAAACUGGUGGGCCCCGGUCCUUGCAAAUCUAUUUGCAUAUAUAGACAAGACAACUGAAAUCCCUAAAGAUUGGGGACUAGCUAUAAUUGUUCCCAUAUUUAAAAGGGCAACCCCUCUGAUCCAUCUAAUUAUAGACCAAUUAGUCUCCUGAAUGUGAUCUGUAAACUUUAUACAAAACAUCUAUGCCUAAAAUUAUGGGAAUGGUUAGAUCAUAACAACUUGCUAGAAAUUGAACAAGCAGGGUUUACACCCGGACGUUCCACCAUUGAUCACUGCUUGGUGUUAGAUUACUUUGUCUAUAAGUAUGCGAAAUAUUGGAAAAAGUCAUUAUAUGCGGCCUUUGUGGACCUAAAGGCAGCAUUUGAUUCUGUAUCUAGGAGCAGGCUCUGGGCCAAAUUGGCCAAUAUGGGUAUUAACAGAAGGUUAUUACUUCUGAUGAUUAAGCUUCAUGAGAACAAUACCCUCCAGAUAAGACUUGCACAGGACGGCAGACUCUCUAGAGAAAUCCCAGUCCAAAGAGGAGUUAGACAAGGAUGCCUAUUAGCCCCAUUCCUAUUUAACAUCUAUGUUAACUCCCUGGUCACAUGCUGCCGUGAAAUUGAAACCCACCCCCCUGUGUUCUCCAAUGGCAGAAAAGUACCAAUUUUAAUGUAUGCGGAUGACGCUGUUCUUCUCUCUCAAACCAAAGUGGGUCUGAAACGUGCCUUAGGAAAGUUUAGUGACCAAUGUAACACUGAACUGCUAACAAUUAACUUUGCCAAAACCAAAAUUGUACAUUUUAACCGCUCCUUCAGGAAGGAUAAUUGGAGCGUAAAGGGAAACGCCAUUGAACAGACUAAGACCUUCCAAUAUUUAGGCAUUACUUUCUCUUAUAAUGCCAAAUUCUCAGCACACUUGACCACAUCAGCUAUAUCAGCAGAAAGAAGUGCAAAUGCUAUCCUUAGAUUAUUCAGAAGGAAAGGAGCUGGCUUCCUCCCGAUGGCCCUAACAGUCUUUCAGGCAAAAUCUUUAGCCCAACUUCUAUAUGGCUCUCAAAUUAGCCCCUCUGCCAACCUUAAGACUCUUGAAACAGUACAAUCUAAAUUCUUAAGAUCAUUAUUUGCUACCCCUAAGUGUACACCUAAUGCAGUCUUAAGGCAAGAGGCAGGACUGCCCAGAGUGGAAUUAAAAGUCUGGGAACAAGCAAUAUCCCUCUGGCUGAAAAUCCAUUACAAUCCUAAGGGUCUAUUACCUUGCUUCCUGGCCGCAGUUCCCUAUCCUCCUUGGCUUAUGCAAAUAACUAACAAGAUCAAACAAAUUGGCCUAAACCCUGAAAAUAUUUUUAUUGGAACUCUGAACAAGGCAAAAGCUACUAUUACUCGGAGACUUUAUGAUAUCGAAUUACAACAAGAAGGCGCCCUACUCCCAGAGACGUAUAGAUGUUUAAAAGCUUGGCCUAAUUUUACAGCUGCCCCUUACUUAACCAACAUCACUAGCGAAGCCUAUAGAUGGGCUUUCUCUAGAGCCCGCUUUGAGACAAUGCCCUCAGCAGUGCUGUACGGCAAAUUCACGCGGGUUCCAAUGCAUGCGCGUCUCUGCCCUUGUAUGUCUAAUAAGGUAGAAUCUGUCACACACAUUCUUCUAUCUUGCGAAUUCUAUAGUGAAGAACAGAGCUCAACUUAUUUUACCGCUUCUAUCAAAAUUUAUACCCCUUCAAUAUUAUUUGGAAUCCUCCCCUGAAAUUCUUCGAAAAUACCUCCUGGAAGAUUCCUCAAGCUCAGUAUCAUAUGAGGUGGCUAAAUUUUGCACUUUAGUAAUUAAGAAACGUAAAUCUCUUCUGUUGAAUGGCACACUGCGAAGUUCCCUUGUGUAACCUUUUUUUCUUUUCUGAAGUUGUUGCUGAUUUCUUGUUGUCUGAUCUUGGGAUGUUUAGUGUCACUGGCUUUGGCCGCAAUAAACUUGAACUUGAACUUGAACUUGAUAGCCUAAUACUGCAAACACAAAAAUCUGCCACCUGAUAAGAGGGUGGGGCUCAAAAUUAUUUUGCAGAUGGCAGCUAAAUGAGCUGGCUGGGAGUCCUCUCAGGAAAAGGUUAGAAGGGUUGUUUUUGUGUGGGUUGUAGACAGGAAGGACGCCUUCCUUCCCUCAGUAUAAGGAGUUACUCAUACAUAACAUAGUAAUGAACAAGAAAGAGAUAAAUAGCUGGUGGAGCAUCAUGGUCACAGCUGCAGUCGUCUGUGUACAUGCUUGGGAGUCAGUCCCAUUGGGCUCAGCAGAACUUACUUCUGAGUAAAGGUUCAUAGGACCAAGCUGUGCAGCACUGGGCUACAAAUCAAGGUGCCCCUGCUUUAAUUCUUGCCUACAGCACGAAGUUUUUUGUUCACUUUUUAUUGCCCCUGUUAUCUGCAUUAUUUACCUACCUUGAAAAAGUAGUUUGAACGAAGUAGUUUGAACACUCCCCAAAUCACUAUAUGAUUGUGAGUUACCAUUACAGAAGUGGUGUUGGCAGCUUUCCCCCCAGACAGCUCCCUUCCUUAGAAAAAAAAAUCAUCAUUUUUUAAAGGAUAGGCGUCAGAAUUGGGACCUUUUCCCUGCCACAGUGGCCUCCCCUGCUUCCCUCCCUCCCCUUUGUUCUCAGGUCUGAUAUCACACUAGCUCUCAUUCACUACGAUAUUUUGCCCAUUUGCAAGCUCAUAAGCCUUAGUGGUCUUCCAAGCAGUUUCCCCCCUUUCCUUCACAGUAUUCCAGAAGAGCACUUCAAACUCAUCCAGGAUUAUUUGCGAGUUCAUGUCACCAGUGAUCUUGAGACAGUACAGCAAGCGCCUUGGAAUCUCCCUCAGCUGAAGAAAUUGCUUGCAACACUUUGCAAAGGACUUUUCAGGUAAACACAAGUUAGUCUGGACUCUGGAGGCACAUUUAGACUGGUAGCUAACAGGGAAAUUCUGCGUGUACAGAAUUUGUAUGUUAAGCCUUUCCUGAAGGCUAGUUUACUGAAGCAAUUCUGCUGCAAAACCAUGUUCCUUUUGGUGGGAGACUACUCUGUUUGCUGCAGAAUCUGACCGACAAAUAUAGAUGUUCCUUUCCCUUUUGAGCACACAUGGGAAUUACUAUCAGCUUAACUCUUGUUAUCAGUUCUGCAGUUCUACCCACACAGUCACAUCCUGUAUUGAAGACCUGCAUUUUUUUUAGAGCUUCUUGCUUAUUUAGCAAUGCAUCAUAGAACUAAAUUCAGGUUUCUAAAGACUGACCUUUGCAGCUUGUGCUACUGAAAAUCAGCAUGGCAUAAUUUCAAGCAGACUCUUUUGGGCUGAUUAGCAACAGCUUGUCUGUCUAGCACUACACGGAGAGGUUCUUAUGACCACAAAUCUCAAAUUCAUAUCUUUCUGCUUUCAGUGAGGUGUCUCGGACUCUUCCUUCUCUGGAGUCCUUACAGAUGGUGUUUGACCAGCAGCUGCCUCCAGGGCUCCAUCGACAUUCUCAGGUAUGAUCUGCUGGAGGAGGCAGGAGGUGGAGCAGGUUGAAAUGAGAGCAUCAAACUGGCAGGCGAUGUGGGAAAGCACUUACUGCAUAAUUAUGCCAAAUAACUUGUUUCUUGACUCCAAGGGAUGGAGCACACUGCAGGCUUUGGAGCAGGGUCAGCUGCACUGCGCUAACAUUUGUGUUCUCAGUUUCCUCAGUUUUAUAAGGUAAAGUGCAUCAAGGUUCCUCAGGCCCAAGACUGCAAGUUUGUUGUUACAUCUCUCAGUAUAUAGUUUUUCACCACCCUUUUAGGGGAAGGGAUAUAGCAUACCUUCCAACAUUCCUCAGAUGAAAAUAGAGACAUUCUGUUCUACAACAGUGUCCCCCAUGCAGGGGCAGAGGAAGGGGGGAUGCGGUGGGGACGGGCUGACCUGGGUGUCACCACUGAGGGGGGUAACAAAAUGCUGGGUGGCACUCACUGUGGGGCCUAUAGCGCGCCCAAGCCACACGUCUCUCCUGGGAGUGACAUGGUGGCUUGGGCACCCGCAGGUUCUGCGCUGCCCCAAACGGUCCACCCACCGCCUCCUCCUCAGCUGUAGGGCCGCUGAGUAGGAGGAGGCAUGCAGACUCCUCGGAGGCCCUGCAGGGCAUCCUGCCCCGGCUCACCCGCCCCAUGGGUGGCUGGGCCUGCUCCUGGGCGCAGGGCAUGCACGCCACCCCAGGCACCCGAUCGGCUUGCUCCACCGCUGCCCCCAUGCAGCCCCUAUAUACAUGUAUAGUAGUACCUCGGGUUACAUACGCUUCAGGUUACAUACGCUUCAGGUAACAGACUCCGCUAACCCAGAAAUAUUACCUCAGAUUAAGAACUUUGCUUCAGGAUGACAACAGAAAUCGUGCGGCUGUGGCACAGCAGCAGCAGGAGGCCCCAUUAGCUAAAGUGGUGCUUCAGGUUAAGAACAGACCUCCAGAACAAAUUAAGUUCUUAACCCGAGGUACCACUGUACUGCCAAUGGAAAAAAGGGUAUGCUGGCUGAACUGCCCCAAUGGCUGUUGCCAAGAGGAGUAUGUAGCAAUACUGUACCAGCAAAUGUCUUGGAGCCUUAGAUGAUAUAUGCUAAAACUGCGAGGCUUCCAUCAGCAAUGUAGUCUCUACGGUUGGCGGCUAUGACCACUGCCACUGUGAGGGGCCAGGCCACCUCCUUCUCCUCCCCUUGCCCCUGCCCUUUCCCACUCCCUUUCCCCGCUUGCAAAAUUUUGGACUCUGCAUGACAUAGUGAGAAGCCAUGGUGGCUUAAGGGUUUUCAUGACGGUCCCAGCAUUUUCAGGGCAGUUGGAGACAAAGCACAUGCAAAAGGUUCUGGAUCCAAUCCCUGGCAUCCUCAGGUAUGGUCCAACCUCCGUGUAAGCAAAUCAGGAUGCAUGUUAAAUAAGCAGGUUAUCUGGAUGGGCCCUCUGUAUUCCUCUGGCAAGACUUUCCUUCCAUCAGCCCACAUAUAUCAGGUGUUCCAAGUACUUCUUCCACCUGUGGCUCUGUAAAUGUCGCCAUUUCAGUUUUCCUACAUGGCUCGACUCAAGACUGCCUUUGCAUCACCCGCUAGCCUCCUCUGCCCAACAUGCCAAGUUUGAAAUGCAUUGUUUUUGAUUUAUCUGUUCUGCAAAUUCGCUUAAAUUCCAGGCUGCCGUGUUUCAGGAUGCAGGAGACUUGCUGACAUAAUAUAAGGCACUCCAGUGCUGGCUUUUCUUUCUUUUUUCUGACACGUAUCACAGAUGAUCUAUGCUUGUGGUACAAUUUCAAGCUUCCACUGAGGGAGGGAGGGAGUUACUUCACUGGUACCUAACACUUUGCUUCUUCUGCAUUAUUUCUACUAGCCAUCUUGUGAUGCCACCCGUGGAAAACUUGUCCAGUUGACUGGCUUGCUUUCUUCCAUUGAAGACAAGGUAUGGCAAUGUUUGUUUUAAUUAGUUUUAACUGUUUUUAAUACUGAACUUUCAACUGUUGUAAGCCACUCUUGGACCAGUUGCUGAAGGCCAAGUAAUGAGUUCAACACUGGAAACAAUAAUUCUUCAUUGCUCCCUCUUUAUUUUCCAGUAGCUUUAUUCACACACCUGUCAUUCUUAUGUCUAUGUUUUCUUUAUCCCAGCGCUUAUUGAGGGAAAUAGGGUGGGAGUGGGGAGGCCAGAAACCUUUUGACAUGAAAUUCUGUUUUCUUCUGCUAGCCAGGAACUAAAAGCUCUUGUAAGGUGUCUAGCCUCCUUCCUUUCAAACAAUGCAUAGGUUAAAUCCCCAAGCAUCUCCUUUCCAUAGAUCUGGGCCCCAACUGCACCAUACAUUUAAAGCAGUAUCAUACCACCUUAAAGUGUCAUGGCUUCCCUCCAAAGAAUCCUGGGAGCUGUACUUCGUUAAAGGGUGCUGAGAACUGAUCCUCUUACAGAGCUACAAUUACAAGAGUUCCAUGGGGAAAGGGAUAGAUGGUUAAAAACCGCUCUGGGAAUUGCAUCUCUUUGAACAGAAUAGGGGUCCCCUAACCACUCUUAGCAUCCUUAGCAAAUGACACUCAGUUUCUCAUUUUUUCCAAUCUUCAGUUUUUUCCAAUGUUCAAUUAUCCGCAUUUCCACAUCAGUUGAUCACUAUUAUUUUUAAAGUCCUCAUGAAAAUUCAUCAACAUUUUAGUGCAAAUUUUUUCUUAAAAUAUACAUUUUAUGUAAUAUAUACAUUUUUGGAAAGCAGUUUCCCCUAAUGUAAUGAAUUUUUGUAUUCUAGUUUCAUUAAUAGAUGCAUUUUAAUGCACACUUUACAUUAGUAUGUAUUUUUGUAUAUGGCCUUUUAAACUGGAGUUGUUUUUUAUUUAUAUUGUGUUACAUAUUUUUGCAUUUGUGUAUUGUAAACCUCCCUAUGAACCUUGGAUGAAGGGUGAUAUAGUAAUUUAAUCUCAGUAAUAAUAAUCUGUUUCUUCCUAAUUAAUUUGACAAUCUGAAUUUCUGUCGCUAAAUUAGAGUGCUUAUUUAUCGUUGCUGAUCUGCACAUUAUGACAUGGAUUGUCUUAAUCUGGGAUCCCUCCAACUGCAGUUUAGGACUUUCAAAUAGAAAUCUAUGUGCUUGCAUUUUUACAGGUGAAAAAACUGUUGAUUGAAGGGCCCGACUCAACACAUCGACGUUCGCUUAUCCCUCCUGUAACUUUUGAGGUGAAUUUUAUUUUCCCCCUCCAGUAGUAUAGUAAGUUUUUAUAAUGCUAUAGAGAAGCACCAUGACUGUCAGAACAGCACGUUGAGUGGUAUUAAAUGUCAUUUGUGGGUUAGCACAAGAAUUAGGACUAGCACAAGAGGGCCCACCGUUGCUUCCCCCAGGAUGUGUGUCCUGCUCUAGACCCAAAUCUGUUCUGGAGGCUUGGAGAAAACCGCAGAACAAAUUGGGGGUGGGUGGGAGAAGAGGGGGAGGUCAUUCUAUAGAAUAAUGUGCUGAUGGAGCAAUCUGCCUAGCCCUACAUUGACUAUAAACCCAUGUUUUUAAUUCACGGGUACAGUGCUCUCCUUCUUAAAAAAAAUAACAUUCCAUGUUCACUCAACCAAAGUUCCUCAAUACAGUACAAUGCCGCAAGAAAAUCUGCAUACUGGAUAUAUAUAGGUGUGUGUGUGUGUGUGUGUGUGUUUGCAUGUAUGCAGUGUUAAGAGCUAGUUAUCUCAUUCAAAAUGGUAGGGGGGGAUCACUUAUGAAUAAUGUUUUCCUUUUCUCAUAGGUGAAAACUGAUUCUCUUGGAAUUCCAUCCAAAAUACAUCUUAAGGUUGAUGUUGAAUUAGGAAAACUCAUUAUCAAGAAAGCUAAGGAUGGCCCUGAAGACAAGUUCUAUUCUCACAAUAAAAGUAAGAUACUGGGCUCAUUUGAGAUGGGUGAGAACACUGGGAUUCACUGAAUAUUUUUGCUGAUAUUCCAGAGAUCUGGCAGCCAACAGUACAGGAAAUGUGUUUUACAAUGGCGGUUAUAAAUUCUCAGUGCACAAUUUUUAAAGUUGCUUACUUGUGAGUUUUCUGGGUUUGAGCAAAUCUGAGGGGGACACACACAUACCCCUUCAUUCAUGAGUGCAAAGGAAAUAGGUAGAAACACAGCUGAAAAAGAAAUGAAAGCUUUGAGGAAGUAGUGGAAAGGGGAGAGCAGAAAGGGAAUAUUGACUCGUCGUCCCCAAACACCCCACCCAGACAAAUAAUCUGUGACACUGAAUAGAGCAGUUGGGCACCUGGUUUUCCCCAAUUUAUUGGAUUAGCUGCAUAUCAGAUAAACCCAAUUUUACAGGGGUGAAAUGUUGAGGUUGAGGGUAUCAUGUGGACUACACAAAUUAAAGAGGAAUGCAAACAUUCAGUAAACAGCUGCAAACACUCAAUAAACUCUAGUGUGGGCAAGGCCUUCAAGUGUUUGGGGCCAUAGAGCCUACACAAUAUUCCUUUGUGCUGAGCAGCUUCAGUGUUUCAUGACCAGAAAGUGUUCCAGCAGUAGUUAGGCCUUGAAACCAUAACAAACUUGUACCUCAGGCUCAGUCUUAAAUUGCUGUCAUUUUUUUUUAACCUAACCUUAUUCAUCAUAGACCAGGAGGUUAUAAAUAGCACUGGAGUUUACAACUUCAUAUACACAGACAUGUAUCAGCAUUGUAGUACAUUUCAUUUCAGAAUUUGUGCUGCCAGAACCAGUGUUCUCUUGCUUCUUCUUAGUUCUACAGCUCAUCAAGUCUCAGAAGUUUCCUAACAAGCUGGUAAUUGUACUGGAAACAGAAAAAGAGAAAACACACCGAAAAGAAUAUGUAUUUGCUGAUUCUAAGGUAAAUUCCUCACUAUGGGUACUUGUGCGCACUGAGCCCUUUAACGCAGGCAAGGCAUUGCUGUUUAUGACAUUAUUUUGCUAUUUUUUAAAAAGAGAAAAAAGUAAAGAGAGAAAAUAAUCAAGUUCUGUCCCCAUCCCCAGUAAGAGAAACUGGUCAGUGGUGUAGCGGUGGUUGCCAGUCCCCAGGUGGAGGAGAAGGAGCUUGCCACUGAAGCCACACCACUUUUGGUUCCAGGCUUGGUCUCCUCCACCCCAUUUGAACACUGUGGGGCUGGCCCCUUCCCAAAAAAACAUUGGGCCCCCCAAAAAAGGUUCCGUUCCUAAGAGAUGGCACCCCUAAAUGGUAUUCAAUAACAUAUUCCAUAUGUGAGUUUCUGGAGAAGAAUGUUGGCAUCUUUGUGUGCCUUUGCCAGCAACAUGGUACUCUCCCAUCAUCUCUCACCAUUGGCCAUGCUGGCUGGGCUCAUGGAAGUUGUCGUCCAGCAACAUCUGGAGGGCACCACAUUGGCCCCCCCUACCCUAUACCAAAGAGAAAACUAAGUGAAUUCUUUUAAGGGCUCUCAUCCAUUCAGUUCAAAUAAAGCUAGAAUAUAUCCAGAGACCGUUUCCUAAGCAUAAGUGAGUCUGUAAUAAAAAUUAUGCAGUAAUAUGAGUCAUGCUUAUCCUUUGUGUUUGCACAGGGUCAAGGAAAUUGGCAGAUUAGAUCUCAGUCAUUCAUUGUAAUAGAUGAAAGGAGAAUACAAACUUCAGCUCUGGAGCAGCUUAGUGGAAAUUAGUUGAACUGCCUUCAGUCGUCACGUAGUUUAAGUAAAAGAAUGACUGGAACGGAUGCAUAGCUAAUGUGUACUCUCCAGAUAUUGCAGACUGUAAUAGUCAUUAGACCUCUAUUGGAUGGUCUGGAGGGCACCAUGUUGGCUGCCCCAGACCCAAGCAUUCACAUACUUAUCCUGGUUUUUAACUUCAGAAGAAUCUGAAUUUUUCAAAAUUCAGCACCAGCAUGACCAGUCCUUGCCACAUGGCACGCCACCAUGUGGGAGGAAUUUGCUCCAGCCUCCGUGUAACAAGUGUAAUCUUAUUAGCUAGGUUUCUUUAUAUUUUGCUCUUCCAUUUUUAGAAGAGAGAAGGCUUCUGUCAACUUUUACAGCAGAUGAAGAAUAAGCAUUCUGAGCAGCCAGAGCCUGAUAUGAUCACCAUCUUCAUUGGGACCUGGAACCUGGGUAUACAUUUUAGUUUUGUGUCCCAAUCUUUGCUGUUUAGAUUCCUACAAGUUUCAUCUCAAUGAAUUUCCGAUAAAGUUUAGCAUGUUUGUGCUGCUUGGUUCUAACGUAACCAUAUCACAGCUUUGCCAGCUACCCUCAUUGCUAUACUCCUUUGUUGCUUGAACAUCUCUGUCAUUUAAUGUAUUGCCUUCUUUUGUAUAAGAGAAUCAUCAGAUAGGCAGAUUCAUCUAUUCUUGGAAUAUCCAAACAUGGUGUUUGCCAGAUGUUAUGGGACUUCCGUCAUCUCUGACCAUUGACCGUGUUGCUGGGGCUGAUGGAAGUUGGGAGUUCAACAACAUCUCAAGGGCACCUCAAUGGCUACUCCUUUUCUGACGGAGGAUCCUAUUUCUAAGAGCUGGGUGACAGGGUGGGGGAAUCAACAAGGACAACCCUCCCCACAGUGAUUUUUCUGCUGAAUUAAACAUCUGCUAGGAAAGGAGGUGGUGAGAAAUGCAGAUAAAAUGUGGCACAAAGCAUAUUAUCCAUGUGUGCAUGUCCAUGUGAGAUUCUGCAUGUAGUAAACCAUAUAAAAGCUAUCUCCUUGUAGGCUAGUGGAGAGUUGCGGGACAGCUCAGUGGUGGAGCUCUUGCUUUGCAUGCAGAAGGUCUCUAGCACCUCUGAGAAGGCCUGGGGAAACUACAAUACUGCACUAGAUGGAUCAGUUUCAUAUUGGUUUUGGAUUUGUCCAUCUAGGUGAUGCUCCUCCACCAAAGAAGAUCAGCUCCUGGUUUCUCUCUAAGGGGCAGGGGAAGACCCGAGAUGACACAGCUGACUACAUUCCACAUGACAUCUAUGUGAUUGGCACACAGGAGGACUCCCUGGGAGAGAAAGAAUGGCAAGAGAUUCUAAGACAAUCCUUGCAAGAGAUUACAAGUAUCAGCUUCAAAGUGGUAAGGAAAGACAUUUUUAUUCUGACGCUUAAAGCAAAACAGGGAAAGUAGACUUCACUAGCAAUGUAUAUCAUCCACAUUGCCUGCAUACUUGCUUCUUGAAGAAAAUUUAGAUGUUGUUUCUGAAGGCUGUUAGAUAUAUUAGACACCUAAUAAUAAUAAUAAUAACAAUAAUUUUAUUAUUUAUAUCCCACCCAUCUGGCUGGGUUUCCCCAGCCACUCUACAGCACAUAUUUUAAUGGGGUCAAAAAUCUUAUGCCACUAAUUAUCAUUCUACACUGGAUGUUAAAGAUCAAAAUUGAUUCUGCUUCUCAUCUCUAAUAUUAGGUAAAAUAUAGUUUGGGUAUAAUAUGGGGGGGGGGGGCGCCCUGUGCUUCACUUGAAUUUAUGCCAUUGCUAUAAAUGCUGUUCCCCAGAAGCAGGAAUAUGCUGUGCCAGUUGUUAUCAAAAAGCAGGGCAUAUCUUGAACCCAACUUCCAUUCAGUAGUUUAUUUCUGUACACAGUGAGGGUCACACCCCACAUUUAAAGCGCAAAGUUUCCCCUGAAGAAUAAUGGGAACUGUAGUUUACCCCUCAAAAAGCUACGAUUCUCAUUCACAUUUUACAAUGGUCUCCAGGAUUCUUUGGGGGAAGUCAUGUGCUUUAAAUGUCCUUUAGCAUGGAUGUGGCCUACAACUCAGUAGCGUUCUCAUUUAGGUCGCAUGCUUAGACAAUAGAAAACUGCCUUAUACUGAAUCAGACCAUUGGUACAUCUAGCUUAGUAGUGUCUGCACUGACUGGCAGCAGCUGUCCAGGGUUUCAGAUAGGGGAUAUUCCCACCCCUACCUGGUGAUGCCAAGGGUUGAACUGGGACCUUCUGCAUACAAAGCAGGUACUUCGUCAAUGAACUACAGCCGUUCCCCUAAAAUGAGAACCAGAGGUAUGUUUGAAGAUGAUUUAGUAUAGACCUCUGUCUGUCAUAAUACAAAUAACCUUUACUAUAAGGUAAAGGGAUCCCUGACCAUUAGGUCCAGUCGUGACCGACUCUGGGGUUGCGGCGCUCAUCUCGCUUUAUUGGCCGAGGGAGCCGGCAUUUGUCCGCAGACAGCUUCCGGGUCAUGUGGCUAGCAUGACUAAACUGCUUCUGGCGAACCAUGCCGUUUACCUUCCCGCCAGAGCGGUACCUAUUUACUUGCACUUUGACGUGCUUUUGAACUGCUAGGUUGGCAGGAGCAGGGACUGAGCAACAGGAGCUCACCCUGUUGCAGGGAUUCGAACCACCGACCUUCUGAUCGGCAAGUCCUAGGCUCUGUGGUUUAACCCACAGCGCCACCCGUGUCCCUACAACCUUUACUAUGGCUUUAGGCUAUAUUACAGUUCAGCUGCAUCAAACUAUGUGACAGCUGACUUCCUUUUUCCUGAUUAGGUAGCAAUCCAUACCCUCUGGAACAUCAGGAUUGUUGUCCUGGCCAAGCCAGAACAUGAGAAUCGCAUAAGCCACCUCUGCAUUGACAACGUGAAGACAGGAAUUGCAAACAGACUGGGUAAGGCUUGGACAAAAUGUACUUGACAGACACUCUCAUCACAACAAGUCUCAAAAGGUUGAAGGAUAUGCAGAGAGGUGUUUUCAGUACCUGCUUCCCAGCGAUGGGAUUUCCUUCCCUAAAUCAUGCACCCGAGCCAAAGGUUCAUUUGUGCACUAUUCUAACGGUGUGAUUUGGGGUUGUCUCUGUGUGUGAAGUGGCACCACCACUUCCAAAGCCUUGCUGGCUUACCAGGGCAGAAGGUAUGGAGGGCAGGCUUACCCUUUUUGGGCCACAUAGAUCCUUUUUAAAAAAAAUAAAAAAAAAAUCGUACAUUGGAUCUCAAAGGUUAUACAUUCAAAUAAAUGAGAGGAAGCCAAAGACUGAAACAGAAUAUGAAAGAGUAUCCUAAGAUAUGCUUCUUUUCAUCACCACUCUUGAAAGUCACUGCUUCCUCUUUCAACUUUAUCAGCAAAAUUACUGAUGUAUCCUUUGGAAAUGUACUAUAAUAGCUGAUAUAAUCCUACAGUGAUUUGUGCGAGUGUACUCACAUGCAAUAAUGUACUCUCAGUGUUAGAGGUGUGCUCAUCAAUGUGCUCCCACAAAUCAUUCCAUUGAUACCAUCAUAAGUCAGAUCAGAUGUGAGUAUGAUGGGAAUUCAGGAAUGCCUUGCAUCCUUGCAAAUAUAUAUAAAUCCUUUUUCCACUACAGUGUUAUUCACAGGAAUAAUUUGCAGGAACUGCCCCAUCAAUGAAAACCGUAGGGUUUCUUGCUCUGCUGAAAAAAUCCUUAACUGGAAGAAUAGAACUUUGUUCAAUUGCAGAGGGAAAUUCGUCUUUCACUUUCUUUCCUAAGCUUUUGGAAGAAAAUAUUCAGUGGAACUCUGCAUUACACAUGUGAAGUCCUGCUGUUCUGGUUUCCUCUUCUCUGCAUCCGCUACUCCACUUUAGAAGUCUUUUGCUGUUCUAGUUAGCCCUGGGGGUUGGAUUGAUUUCUCAAUCUCUCUGUUUCUUGUUUUGUUUUACCUCUCAGGCAACAAAGGAGCUGUUGGGGUGUCAUUCAUGUUUAAUGGAACCUCCUUUGGUUUUGUGAACAGCCAUUUGACUUCUGGAAGUGAGAAGAAACACAGGUAAAAUUCUGAGGGCCAUUGGAAAGCCUUGCAGUUGCUGACAGAGAGGUUCCUAUCAAUACAAAUAUUCAAAUUAGAUGUGACAACUUGGUAGUGGUGGUGGGUAUUAUUUAAACAAGAAAAGAAACGCAUGGGAAGGAUUUCAAAUAGUCACCCUUGCAUGUCUUAUCUCUAGUAAAGAUACUUAGUAAGUAAAGGUAAAGGGACCCCUGACCAUUAGGUCCAGUUGUGACUGACUCUGGGGUUGCGGCGCUCAUCUCGCUUUACUGGCCGAGGGAGCUGGUGCACAACCUCCGGGUCAUGUGGCCAGCAUGACUAAGCCGCUUCUGGCAAACCAGAGCAGCGCACAGAAAUGCCGUUUACCUUCCCGCUGGAGGGGUACCUAUUUAUCCACUUGGACUUUGAUGUGCUUUCGAACUGCUAGGUUGGCAGGAGCUGGGACCAAGCAACGGGAGCUCACCCCGUCACGGGGAUUCGAACUGCCAACCUUCUGAUCGGCAAGUCCUAGGCUCUGUGGUUUAACCCACAGUGCCACCCGCCAAUUUUAAGACUAUAAUAGCAUAAAGGGGGCCCAGUUGGAGCAAAUCAACAAUCCAUCUAGUUCAGGGAUCAGGAACCCAAUGGAAAGGGAUAAUCCUUUCCUCUGUUUACCUCUUCACUUAAAGGUGCUGUGUCUGCAAAUAGCACCAGGGUGUGGGGUAGAAUUUUGCACAGGGAAUUUUUUUUUAAAUAAAAACUUCUUCCCAUGCACUGCAGUCCCAACUGGAUUGGGGCCCUGUGCAGCUGCUUUUUCUGACAAAGGAAAGUGGCCAGUGCUAAGCAUGCUGUUAAUGACCCUGAGCUGCAUUCUUUGGAACAAGAAGCCCCACUGAAGUAUGGAACACAUAGAAUGUAUUCAAAAAGCUUUUUUUUCUAUACAAAGAGGCACAGAUUAUUUAUCUUGGCCCAGAUAGUUAUUUGGACCAAAGACCUGAGGCUGCAGUCCUGCUGGUGGUGUAAACAAAAUUCACAAACAUUGGCAGAUAAGUAAGUCCUAGGCACCUGAAACAUGUCUUCAUUUUUCUGGGGUGAAAAUUUCAAUGCACCAGAGAGUUGCUAUACAGCAUCUCCCCACCAUGUGCAACUUAACAGUAAUACACACACAUGGGCAUGGACACAGGCUACAAAAUGUAGCUAGAUAGUUGAAGAAUCUGUGAUUGUACAAUUUCUUCUUUUUCUAAAAACAACAAGUGAAUAGCUGAAGAUUGGGUUUCCAUUGUUGUUUCUUCCUGUGGUUUAGAAGGGAACAUUCCAGUAAAACAGGAACAGAGGGGUUGUAACUAUUUGUGCUUACAGGUCUCGCUUGUUUGUUGACUCAAUGCAUAGCCCUCCCUUUGCUGUGUGCUCCAGAAAUAGAAACCAUGCAAACAUGCCAAUAUAAAGCAGAAGAGUCGAGCUGUGUUAUAUCACAGUACUUUUCCGUCUUCACAUGCCCCAAUUUUUGCUUCCUGAAGCAGUUGCAAAUUCCCAUGGCAACACAUACUUCAAGGUCUUCCUUCUGUCCCCCAGCACACUCAUAGAUUGCAACAAGGUACCCCAGGCUUGGCGGUUCUCCCGUAUUUGUUUGUGCAAGGCCCAAUGUUGCAGUAGCUCUGAAGGUAUUGAAGCACUCCUGACUACUUAGCAGAAAAUAAAUACAAAUAAAUAAUAAAUACAUUCACACAGAGACAGUAUGUAUGGUAAAUUAAAGCUGCCUCUUUUCCUGCAGAUUUGACUGCAUUAGGGCAUUUGAAUGGAGGAUCUUAUUCCCAGAGCCCUUUUGGUUGUGUAGAGGCAACAACUUUUCAGAGAUUUGGAAGCAAUAAUGUUGAAUUGCUGCUAUACGCAUUUCUUUUUGCAUUGUACAAUAUUCUCUGGUCAAUCAGUUUAAAUCAAGGUAUACCUGGAAGCCAGCAGGAUGCAAAUACAAGAAGCUCUCAGAAAUGCAGCUAGCACUAUUGCAGUGCAUUGAAUGCAGAUGUUUAAGACAGCUGUUGUAUAGUGCUACAGGUGGCAAAUAUGCACAUACAGUCAUAACUUGGAAGUUGAAUGGAAUCCGUUCCAGAAGUCCGACUUCCAAAACGUUUGGAAACCAAAGCGCAGCUUCUGAUUGGCUGCAGGAAGCUCCUGAAGCCAAUUGGAAGCCAUGGAAGCCCCGUCGGACAUUCGGGUUCCAAAGAACGUUCGCAAAUCAGAACACUCACUUUUGGGUUUGCAGCGUUCAGGAGCCAAAGCGUCCAAGUACCAAGGCGUUCAGGAUCCAAGGUAUGACUGUACAUACAUAUACACACAGAGCUAUUUCCAAAGGUGUUUCUUAAUUUUUGUGUUUCCUACAGUGAAAUUUGUGUAUAUAUAUCCACUUAAAGAUGCCCCUUUUAAAAUACUGCAAAAAUAGCGCAAGGUUGCUUUCUCUCCCUGGCAUUUAAAUAGAUCUCACUUUUUAUUCAAUACAUUUAAAUAGUAUGUGCUUUCUCUUUUUUCCACAGUGAAUGACUUUUUUUUUAAAAAAAGCGUUCCUUUAUUGGAAACGGACUAUACCUCAAGCUGCUGACCCUUCAAAUUUAGACCAGUUUCACCAGUCAGUUAACUAUCAGUAGUAAACAGAAAAACAGAACCCAUAAACCUUUUCUUCUGGCAACCAAGCAGCUACUACUUCCAUUUAAAUGUGUACAAUGCCAAGCUAGUGGCCAAAGUUGGAUCAGAUAAUUCCAUAGUAAUGCACAGAGACAAGUUACUCCUAUAGCUAUACAGAACUGAUUGUCUGGCUGUAUAUUGCCUUUGGGAAGCUGAGGCUUUAGCCAGAGCCAAGACAGGGAAAGAUUCAUGGGCUUAUUAUCUAGUCCACUGUUGUUUUGAGCCAACUGUCUCUGCUGAUAAUGCUGCUGGUGAGAGGCCAUAUAAUAAAAUGGUAUACUGAGCUUUGUUCUUGUGUUUUAAUAGGCGGAACCAGAACUACACAAGUAUUCUGCGGUUUCUGUCGCUGGGAGACAAGAAGUUGAGUCCAUUUAACAUCACCCACCGGUUUACUCAUCUCUUUUGGCUGGGAGACCUGAACUAUCGCCUAGAGUUGCCCACAGCGGUUAGAGAGCCUGUUUAUUUACUUUUGCAUUUUAUUAUUACAUUUCUAUCCCACGUUUCCUGCAAUUUCAAGGUGGUGUACAUGGUCCUUGUCCUCCUAGUUUUAUCCUCACAGCAAACCUCUGAAGUAGGUUAGGCUGAGAGAGAGAGUGACUGGCCCAAGGUCCCCCAGUAAGCUUCAUGGCUGAGUGGGGAUUUGAGCCCUGGUUUCCCAUGUCCUAGUCCAGCACUCUGCUACUAGCUAAUAGUACUUUGCAUUUAUGCAGAACUCUUGUGAGUGUUUGGAGCAUUCUACAUGCUUUAACCUGGCUAUCCUUACAAUAACUUUGCAAAGUAGACUUCUGUUAUUAUAUUGUUACAAAAGUUGGGCACUUACUUCCACUCUCUGUCAAGCAGUAGCAAAAUUCCAGGGGGUUCCAGGCACUCAUCCAGAACCCAUCCUCCUUUGGAAGACGUGGCGGAGAUGGUUGUAACUUUUUAAAAAUGUGGUUUAUUCAUAUGUUUACACCUUCACUCUGCAUGGAGUGAGUUCCCAUCUUACAGCCUGGUCAUCUCAAAGAGGGGCUUGUUCCCCACAGCAGUUCAGUGCUGGAGUCCAAAGCAUCUCUCUCUCUCAGCCUGCCCAAGAUGGACCCCUCUCUCUGUUCUCAUCCUUCUUCUUCCCAGCACACCUUGCUAAAGACACUCUUUUCCUGUCACCUCACACCCACACAACAUCACCUUGGCAAAUCUUUGUCUGCCCAGGCCCAAGAUUCCUCUUAGAUGGGCCAUCAACACCUUUCGUAGGGCUAAUGCCUCUAUCCCAGGUGACGCACUGCUUGUAUUUUUCCAGUGGCCUACAAUCUUCCCUUCAAUACUCCAAAUAAUCAAUUUAUUAAUUUCUGGGGUUUAGCGAGGUUCCCCCAACAUAUAACACCAUCCUCAUAUAGCAAGCAAAGGUCUGAAACUGAGAGAAUUCCUGUCACCUAAUGAGUUUUUGGGUGGGAUGAGAUUUGAAUUAGGUCACACUCUUAGGGUUCAUGCAGACAUUCAUGAUUUUAGUGAUGAACCUACGUUGGAAUCAUUCUCCAUACAUUUUGCUCACACAUACACCACCCCCUUCAGCUUGGGUGAAACCUGUUCUUCCAAUAAUCAGACUUGUGUUUUCUCUGGAUAUGUGGUUGCUACUGAAGUUGAAGCAAGCAAGUAUCAUGGAGCCUAAAGGAAAGCAUGGCUAUUUGCAGCUGCUGAGUAGCCAAGCAGGAAGAAAAAGCCGGAAGAAGACUGUUAGGGAUAUGUGGGAAAGCACCAAGGGAUGGUUAGGGGUGUUACGAGAGGCGUAAUGGGUGCUGAUACUGGGUGCAGUGUAAUCAAGAGAUCAGUAUAGCAAAUACAUUUUGGUCCUAGGAAACUAAACACCUGAGGGCUGAAAUCCUAUAUCCACUUUCCUGGGCAGAAGCCCCAUUGAACUCUAUUCCAGGGUGGUAACAUUUUUGAUGGUGUAUUUGCAACUAAGGAUAGGAACUACACAAAACACAGGGGAAAACUGAUAGGUUCUUAGUUUGUUAUUUAAAACUUGCUACAGGAAGCUUCAAAUGGAAUCAGAGCAGGAACACUUUGGGAUGGCUUUUGAAAAUCCUUUUUUUUUAAAAAAAUCCCUUAAAAAUCCUCUUUUCCUCAUGUCGUUUUCCUGAUCUAAAUCACUCCUGUUCCAAGUUGCUCUUAGUCCUUGCAGCAACUUUGAAAAAUGUAUGUGGAUUGGAUUGGAAAAUGUACCGUUGCUAUCAACCAGUUUUGAGAAUCAAAGUGUCAGGAGAUCUAGUUGCGUAUCAGAUGUAGUUGGGCCUCAGUAACAGAUUUUUGUGGCCUCAGAUGCUAGUGUGCUAUUUAUUAACCAGGAAGGUUUUUUUGUUUUUUUUAAGAAAAGAGAGUGGUACAUCUGCCAUUAUGACAUUUCCUUGUUAUCAGGAAGCAGACAAUAUCGUCCAUAAGAUCAAACAGAUGCAGUACACAGAACUACUGCCUUAUGACCAGCUUCUCAUUGAAAAGAGGGAUCAAAAGGUGUUUCUGCAGUUUGGUAAGUUCUGCUUCUAUUCCUUUGCCCUUUUUUACUCUGCCAUUGAAAAACACCCUUCUAAAGGGGUAAUCACUGAGAGAGUAAUCUCAGUAGAGAGAGUGAUUACCUGCUUUAAAUUGCUCUGUAUAGAAACUGACACAUGUGGUAAAUGUUUUGUUUGUGACGAUCCUUUUUUUCUUUGCAAUGCAACUGAUUUCUUUGCGUUAAGAAAAUUGCCCGAUCCAUAUCAUGAGAGACCAUAUAUACUAACAGCUAACUGUGUUCUAGGAGUUGCCCCCUACAUUGAUUUGAAGUAACCUGCAUGAUGUGCUUUGACAUGUGUACCCAGGUUUUGGUUAAAACAAUAACUAGCCAUCUGUCUCUUUCAGAGGAGGAAGAAAUAACAUUUGCCCCAACCUAUCGCUUUGAAAGGAACACCCGGGAGCAUUAUGUCUACACCAAGCAGAAAGCAACAGGGGUAUGCCAUAUCUUCCAGCACAUUACGAUGUUUCAAAUGGUGUCUGUUGCCAGAACUGCUCCUCUUUCUAUAGAGGAACACCGUGAAAGAACUCUAAUUGGGAACAAGCUGCUGGCUUUUUGGCACCAGAGCUUUCCUUCUUGUGGAGUGAUGUGUUUUCGAUAUUGAUUCUCCUUUUGUUUGCAGGUGAAAUACAAUUUGCCAUCCUGGUGUGAUCGAGUGCUCUGGAAAUCAUAUCCCCUGGUGCAUGUGGUGUGUCAAUCUUAUGGUGGGUAGAGAACAGAUUGGGAAUAACAGCAAAGCUGGUUUAAACGGAAAUGAUUCAGAGCUGAAUCUGUAGCAUUGCCUUUCGCUGCCAAGUUCUCAGCAAUGGAUGCACCCUGUCGUUUCUGGCUUGGAAUGCUUGCUCCUAAAACUUGGAUGUGUAGUGGGGAGAGAAUUGGCUGUGUGAUAACUGGGAAUGCACCUUAGCCCGCUGUCACUAAGCAGGAAGAACCUCACUACCGCCAGUAACCUAUAGAAUAUCCCAUUUUCCUGUGUCAAAAGCUGUGUAGCAUUAGAGGGCUGCUGGUGGUUUAGUGUUUCUUAAUCCUGGCUCCCAGUUCUGGCCUCUGGGUUUGUUUGUCUUUUAAAUGUAUUUUUAAUGUGUUCCCAAUCAAAUGCUUAUAAGCACCUCUUCGGCAAAUGCUGUCAGAGUCUUACCAAAAUGACACACAUAAAAUAAAAUCACAGGAAAUAUUUUAUCAAAAUCAUGAUAUAUAGCAAACUAUAACAUGAAAUGCUGUAAAACUAUAGUUCUACAGCAAACACUCAAUCUGAGGUCAUUUUGGCCUGGUGAUGGCAGGAAAAUUAAAAUGGGUAUAAGAUAAAGCUCUCUAGGGAAGGGAUUCCAAAUGUAUAGUGCCAAAACAGAGAAGGCCCCGCAAUUGGCCACCACCACCUAUCUUAUUUCAGAGAGGGGUGAAAUCUGAAGAAGGUCCCCAAGGCUCACCUGGACUGAUUUGUUCAUGAACAUGUGGUGUUUCAAGUAACCAUGUCCAAAGCCUGGUGUCAGAAAACUUUUGUGUACUAGAUGGACUGAUCCAUCUAGAUGGACUGAUCCAUCUAGUACACAACCCCCUUGGAGAGAUGGGGCUUCUUGUUUCCAUAGAUAACUCUGAGUACAGGACAGACAAUUGCAUUAUUCUCUCCAUCCUUGGGAGGUCAAGAAAAACAGGUGCUUAGAAUCUGACUUUCCUCUUAGGAUGCACCAGUGACAUCAUGACAAGUGACCACAGUCCUGUCUUUGCUACGUUUGAGGUUGCUGUCACCUCUCAGUUUGUCUCGAAGAAUGGUAAGCAAAUGCCAUGCAAGCUUUCCCUGCCCUUAAUAAAGAAAGAUGUAGUAGAAAACAAUCUCAUUCAUUGCUUAAAAACUAUUAUCUUUAACCUGAACAAAUGUCCUCCUUUCUCCAGAUGAUAAGUACACAGACUCCCUGGGACAGAUUGAAUUCCUGCGCUGCAGUGCCACCCUUAAGACGAAGUCUCAGACAAAAUUCUACAUUGAGUUCUACUCCAGCUGCCUAGAAAGUACUGUUUCUUCCACCUUUUGUCUUUAUUAUACAGAAGCUCUAAUGAUGUUUAUCAAGAAGGGACAAUACUGCAGAAGGGGGGCUACUGACAAACUCAAAAGUGGGGAGAGAGAAUCAGAAUAUAUCCACUUUGUCUUUUGAAAUACUUCAUUCUUUGUUGUAGUAACGCUUUGUUGUUAAUUGCUGUAUUUUGCCAAUUUUUAUUUGUUGCUUUCCCUUGAAAUUUCAUCAUCAGGGCUGUUUCUCUUAUUAUCACUUAAGUUUCAUACAUGCAGUAUACCUUUAAAAAAAAGCCCUACAAUUCUAUUAUCCAAAGGGCACAAGCCAGCCAGGCAACUGAGACUAGCCACAGACCCUGCAAUUUAGUCUGCUGCUGCUGCAUGGCAUAUCCCUAUAUUUCUCCAUAAAUCACGUAUUUUAAUUUAUGUUAUACCAUAGAAGGUGAUAUAUAUAGAGCUCUCAGAGGGUUGCCUCCCAUUCUGGCACUCACCAGACCUACUUGGCUUCAACAAGGUUGCCGCACCAUGCACCUUCAGACCAUGCUCUGGAACUUACCACACAGUUAUUGUUAGGGUUAAGAAGAGAGGGGGAAAUACUAUACAUGCUGGUCUGAGCUUGGAAGAAAAUGUGAUGUGGGUGUAGUCCAUCAUUGUUAUGUUAUAUUGGACAUAUACCAAGUUAUUGAACCCAUUCAAGGUAGAAUAGUGCAGUCAACAGAUGUAAUUUCUAGUCCUAAACCUAAUUCUGUGUUGUAUAAUAGUAGUACACAGCAUUUGGUGGAAUGACUAUAUUCACUGUAGGAGAAUGAACUUGUUCUCUCUCUCUCUCUCUCGUGUGUGUGUGUGUGUGUGUAUGAGCGAGAGAGAGAGGUCAUUUUUUUGCUUUUCUUGUCUCCAGAUUGCAUAGUCUUUGCACAAAACCUCUCUACCUUAAAUUGGAAGGCUUGCAGUGGCAUGCAAAAUCAGUUUUCUAUCUUCAUAACAAGCAAUUCAGAGCCUCCUUUGUCACAAUUGCAGAGCAACUUGGGCAGAAAAAUAUUAGGGGUAGCCAUGUAAAUCGAUUCUCCCAAGAUUGGGAGAAUUGCCUUGUAUUUUAUCAGAACUUAAAUUGGAAUGCUACAGCUUAAUCGCAUUGUGAAUUGCAGCCAAUAAAAACAGUUGAUGACUUGGGAGACAAUCAUUUUGUUUGUUUUGUAAGCAGAACCGUACAUCAAUGCUGGAAAUUGUAUGAAUUCCUGAAUCUCAGCCAUUUAUGCAGUGAGAGAGUACAUGCCCAAAGUCUGUUGACUAUUCUUUCCUCUGCAAAGAAAAAUAGCAUGCCUCUACUGUACUCUUAUUCACAUGUCACAGAGAUCGAUUAAUCCAGCUCCACACAAAAAAAAUUGGGGGGGAUAUACAGAGAUUUGCAUACAUUUCUAUGGAAACCAUGUGUUAGGAAUCUUAAAUUAGAAUUUCAAAAAUGUGCUAUCUUGAGUGGCGUAGGAAGAGCUGUUAUGUUCUCCUUAUCCUCUUGUCCACACAUGCACUGAGACUUCUAACACCUUUAUUAAAUGAAAGGAAAUAAUAAAAAGACAAGAUACUAAGGUCAUUCAGUGGACUCAAUAAAUGGACUUUGCAAACAUUCUGAUAGAAUCAUAUUCUUGUACACACAAAUGCUUCCCAUUUUUGUGUCCAGAAAGCAGAAUAAUUAGCAGUUUCCAUUUGCUGCCAAGUUUUUUUUAUUUUAGUUUUGCAAAUGUGUGUGCUUGUUGUGCAUUUCUCAGCUGGCAAAUGAUUUUUCUUUUCUAACACUUUUGCAGGCUUUGUAAAGAGCCAGGAGGGAGAAAAUGAGGAAGGAAAUGAAGGCGAACUGGUGGUGAAGUUUGUUGAAGCCCUUCCUAAGGUAGCCUUGCAGUAUGUUUCAUGCUUAUUUUAACAAAUGUCUUCCAUCUGUAGCUUUGCUGCAGUUUAUAUAAAAACACAAAAGAUUGUGCAAAGUUCAUCCUCGGUCACCAUUGUUGCUUGUACAAUCCUUCCACGUGUCUCUGAUUGUGCUACAUCCAGUACUCAAUAGACAGACAAGGGAAUCAUCUUGCUGCACAGAAAUGUUUGUGUCAGUUUCACUUCCCUGCUGCUGAACAGCAGGGAAGUGGAACUGACCAAAUUCUUUUUUAACAUUCAGCAGCAGAGGAGGAGGUGCACAGGAAGUUUAAAAAAUAAUUAGGGGGGAAAUCCUCAAAAUUACAAGGUCGUUUUGCUGAGUGUGUUGUUGUUUAGUCGUUUAGUCGUGUUCGACUCUUCGUGACCCCAUGGACCAGAGCACGCCAGGCACUUCUGUAUUCCACUGCCUCCCACAGUUUGGUCAGACUCAUGUUUGUAGCUUUGAGAACACUGUCCAACCACCUCACCCUCUGUCGUCCCCUUCUCCUUGUGCCCUCCAUCUUUCCCAACAUCAGGGUCUUUUCCAGGGAGUCUUCUCUUCUCAUGAGGUGGCCAAAGUAUUGGAGCCUCAGCUUCACAAUCUGUCCUUCCAGUGAGCACUCAGGGCUGAUUUCCUUAAGAAUGGAUGCGUUUGAUCUUCUUGCAGUCCAUGGGACUCUCAAGAGUGUAUAGCACCACUUUUGUUAGUUCAGCAAGCACUCUCCCCAUUGCUUGAGUGCUAAAGCAGGGGAGCAUUUUAAGAUUGCAGGGCCAGAUGGAGGGUAUACUGAAAUAAAAGGUACAACAAGGUACACAAUACAGUUACAUAAAUAAAAUUAACACACAAUCAUGUGGGAGAGAUAUUAUUACUGUAUGUCACGAGUCACUCUUGAUGAGCACUUCCCAGUGCGUCUAAGUGGUGGGAUGACAAGGUUGGGGUGAAAGUUGCAUUUUCCUUGCACCAACAUUUUGAGAUUUGACUGCUGUGGAAAUGCAGUUCCCCCAAAACAGGAGUCCUACUUGGGAGAAAAACUUCUAGAUCUUCUUCAACAACCCACAGUGCAGAUCCAUUCUAACACUAAGGUUUUAUGAUUCCACAUAAUCAAAAGCUCAGACCCCCCAAUUUUUGAAUUUCCCUCUCUCUUCUAGAUAGGCUAUAGAAUGCUUUCUUAGGAGCCCUGCUCCAAAUACUUAUACUAAAUGAACAUAUGGGUAAUUAAAUAGUUUGGAAGAACAUGUUGAAAUGACAUUCCAGCUGGUGUCCUUAAAAGGACUUGCAGCUAAGGGAUGCCAAGAGAAAUCUAGUAACCCCAGUUAGCCGUUUGUGGUGUGUUACAUUCCAGACUCCUACAUAACAAGCAUAAGAAGGGACAAGACCUUAUGGCUGAUUCUCCCUUCUACUUUAACAAGAUGUUACGAUGAUGACACCCUGUGAUGGCCACACAUGGUCUCACCUUCGCAGAUUUUCAGCUCAGAAACUGGAGUUGGGCAUCGCUUUCAGAUACAGAACCCGUAUUUGUAACCAGAUGUUCUAAAAACCUGAAGAAUAUAUUAAAGCAGCUACAAAAUGAAAGAGAUUAUAUGAUGUGGCUUCAAAUAACAGGGAUUUCGUCCUUGAAAACCAUUGUUGGUCAACUGGAAUAUUUGUUUCCACCUUUGCUAAUACAUGUGUUGUAAUAUCAUCAGGGAAAUUCUAGCAUUCUUUUAUCACAGUGUUAACUGUGUCUCAUUGAAAAUGUUAUAUUUUAACUUAUAAUUGCUUUAGAGUUGUGAUAUCAGAAGUGCACAUGCAAAUCAUCCUAAGUCAUUAAUGUCAAAAAGAAUUGUACCAGUGGUUUCUUAGAAGGCAGACAGAGAUACGCUAAUACAUUUGCUUGGCAUUUAUAUAGUGUGUUUUAAUGUUCAAAGCAUGUCACAUAACUUAGUUAAUUAUUAUUUUAUUAUUUUUAUUUAUUAUUAUUAAAUCACGUCCUAUGAAGAUUAGGGUUACACAGCAUGUAUAAUAGUUGCAUAGAUAAAAAUAGCUUAAAGAGCUGCACAUAUAAAAUCAGUUAAAAACAAAUAUAAAAAUAAAAGCAGUUUGAAACAAUAGCAGCACAUGCAUAAAAGCUACUCAAAUCCAAGAGAAAUCAAUUGGGAUAAAUAUUUUAGAAGGCUUGUCCUUGAUUAGAAGGAACGUCUUCAGCAGGUGCUGAAAUGACAACAGAGAAGACAUCUUUCUGCUAUCAAGUGGGAAGGAGUUCCAAAGGGAAGGUAAUGCCACACUAAAUUCCAACAUGGUGUGAAACAGUCUUCCCGAUAAGAUGGUAUCUGCAGAAUGCCCUCUACAGGGAAUAAGAUUAUCUUUUAGGUGUACAGGUGUUUUCAGCAGCCCUCCAAGAUCUUCACAUUUCCUGACAUCUCUACCUAGGACUACCUUGUGACUUCAACUCACAGAGGCAAGGCUCAGACUGGGGACUUCCAGCUUUGUCUCUUUCCCACUGCACUAGCUCUGUACCUUACAGGAUUUCCACCAUUCCUUUCUCUGAGGGCUGCUUCACAUCCCAUAUUUUUAGGUGUACAUUUAUAAGCAUGUACACCUAAAAUGCAACGUAUGAACGUAUUGGAAAACUUGUAUGUUAUCUAAAUGUAGUAAUCGGAGAUCCAGGACUGGCUACAACGACCCAUCAAGUGUAGGUCCUUCAGUCAUUGUAAUUUUUGUUCAGCAAGUAAAAAAUUGUAACACUGGAAUUCAAAAGCAGCUCUGAUAUUACCCUUAGGCUGAGAUCCUAAACAUUGUUUCUUGAGAGUAAAUCCCCUGAUCACAAUAGGACUCACUCCUAUGAAAGCGCAAGUAGGAUAACAACUUUAAUUGUAAUUUCCAAAAGGGUAAUGAAAACCAUAGCAAGGAGUCCUGUAGUACUCUGAGCUUUGAUGGCAUAAGCUUUGACUGACUACAGAGGCUAACUUUAACACAAUUGCAUUUGUAAGGGAAAUGUGCUACUUUCUGGCAUAGAUAUUGUAUAUACAUUCCCCGCUCUGGUAUUACUGACCUUUCUGAGCUUUCUCUUGCAGCUGACUCCAAUUAUUUCAGAUCCAGAGUACCUGCUAGACCAGCACAUUUUGAUCAGCAUUAAAUCAUCAGAUAGUGAUGAAUCCUAUGGUAAGACUUUGCCUCUAAAGCUUACACAUGAGUCAACCUCUCCUUACGUUUCCCCCUCCCCACAAAGUUGUUUAAUGUGUGGGAGAAAAUGCGUGUAUGAAUUUCUAGGUUUCUAGGAUCUCUUUUCUACGAUAGCAACAUUUUACAACAGCAUAUAUUUUAAAAAUGUAAUUUGAAGUAUUGCUGAGGACUGUGGUUCUUUACACAAGGAACAUAAUUGCUAUGGAUUUAUCCAGUCUCCCUCCAACAAGUUACCUGUGCAAACCUGUCCUUCUGGCAUUAUCUGUUCCCUUGUCUUUCUCUAGGUGAAGGCUGCAUUGCCCUUCGAAGUGGAGCUACAGAAUCCCAAGUCCCAAUCCAAACUAUGCUCACACACCAUGGGGAAAAGACAGGCAUCUUCCAAGGCGAAUUCAAGCUGCAAACAUCUGAAGGGAAACAGAGAGAAAAACUAUAUGGUAAGGCAAGUUACAUGAACAAACAAUGGGCUCGUGGGCUCCUCCCUCUCCUGUUUCAGCCUGUCUGCAAGAAGAUCAGUUUUCACUUCAUUUUCAGUUAACCAUCGUUUAGUGUUAUGCCCAAACCCUAAACAGUGGCUAAUCUUAACUAAGGUUUUAUGAAAAUAAACCAGCUUCAUAAACCGCAGCUUGAAGUUGACUUGUUUUGGUAAUCCAUAGUUAAGCCUAACCACAAUUUUUCUGGGUUCAGACAUAAUGCAAAGCAAGUUAGUUAAAAAUAAUAAUGAAGUGAAUGCUUCUGAUCUUCUUCUCAUAGCUGCACCAGCAGGGGAGACGGGAUUAGGGAGGCCAUGAAUCCAAGGUUCAUUCACAAAAUGGCAAACCAUUGUUUGUGUGUUACAUCCAUAAGCAGAAGAUAUGUGACGGGUAGCAUGAGUCAUUGUCUGCUAAAAUCGCUUAUAUGUGGCAGGGGAGAAUCUCACGUUGCCAUAUAUAUAUAUAUAUAUAUAUAUAUAUAUAUAUAUAUAUAUAUGUGUGUGUGUGUGUGUGUGUGUGUGUGUGUGUGUGUGUGUGUGUGUAUAUAUAUAUAUAUAUAUAUAUAUAUAUAUAUAUAUAUGGAGAGAUGUUUUCCUGUGUGAAGGUAUUCUCCUUGUAAGGAGAGUAUCAGUGUGUGAAGAAGCCUUAUUGUGAAAGAUCCUGAAGAUUGACUCUGAUAAUGGAGAGUUUAAGCAUUAAAAAAACAAACCACUGUGGCUUUUGGGGUUGAAAAGUAAUUCCCGCCCCCACACUGUGGUAUAAACAAAUAUACAGGAGAUCUACAGAAUAAAGUUAUAGCUCUUCUUUCCUGCUUCCAACCAAAUGAACAGCGAGAGGGAGCCCUCUACCUGACGGUCAGCAAUAUAGAUUUCACAUGCUUCUGCUUUAUUUUCACUCUGUAUUAUAUGAAUGAUGUGAUUAGCAGCCAUGUCAUAGGCUUUUAAAAAUUUAAUAACAGGCAUGUGCUGGGGGUGGGUGGGCAGGGGGGUUGUCAUCAGCAUCACAAGGGAGGGGUGGCUUAAAUUUUCCCUCUCCAGCACCUAUAUUGGUAAAAAAUAACACACACCCAUGCACAGCAAUUAGAAUGAGGAGGAAAACCCACAAUGCCCUUUAGACAUUUUGAUAUUUGAAGGGGGAUAUGGAGAUAAUCUCCUUGUAAUGGGAAUAUCAGUGUGUGAAAGAGAAGAGCCGUAAUCACUGUGAAAAUCCUGAAGAAUGAUUCUGCUAAUAAGCAUUUGAAAAGAUUUUUUUUCUAUGUUCCCCCAACCCCAGUACUUAUUGCUGCAAGUGCAAGGAGCUGUGUGUGAUUUUUACUGAGAAUUUGGCUGGGAUGGGAAGGUUUCAACUUUCCCUUGUGCUGUGGUGCCAAUCGCAAUCCAGGGUGUAGUAUUUAAUUUUUAAAAAAUUAAAUGUGAUUGCUGAUCAGGCUCUGGGAGCAGGUCUCCCUCUCUCCCUCUCCCCCUCUCCCUCUCCUUCUCCUUUUCAUCAGAUAUGUUGAAAAAUGGGGUACCAAACUGGCUCUAAAAUGCAGAUCACUGUUGUCUUUUUGAAAACAUUAGUGAUCUUUGGCAUUGUUGAGCCGGAUGUCAAACAUAAUCGAAAUAGAAUUAAAAACCUGAUAGAAAAGCAUUGAUAUCAAAUAUCAUUCAUGGAAGAGAAGUAGCUAUGUGUUGUUUCUUCUUGAGAAAAAGAAAUAUCUUUGUUUAAAUAGUGCUUGGAAAGACCUGCAAAUAUCAAACCUUUUUGAAUAUUCAAUCUGUACCUUCAAGAGAUACUUGGAGGGGGAGUUUUUCCAAAGUGCAGCUGUUCCUGUCUCUAUAGUGCCAGUGGCUCCAGCAUAGGGCCAUUUCACUAGUUGUGGUUCUCACAAUGUUACUGUAGCUUGUGAGGGGUAGUGGAGGCAGUGAUGUUUUCCUUGUAGCAAUGUGCUCGUCAUGACAGAGAUUGGACAAGGAGAGGUGGUGGUGGUGAGGACUGAGGAACUGGGCUUCGGUUUCGGCAGGGAGGGCGGGAUAUAAAUAAAAUUUUAUUAUUAUAUUAUUAUUAUUAUUUGCAGUGCCAGCCCUGGAGCUCACCUGCCCCCUUCACUACAUUGCUUCAUCCUGGCCCUAGUACCGCCAAGAGAAUGCCACUGCCCAGCCCCUCACCCCCAUGAGCUUCCUCCAUGUUACACUAGGAUGAAUGGAUUGGUUUUUUUUCCAUUUAUGUAACUCUUAACAAGUACAGAGACCCUCUCAGGCCUAUGUAGGCAGUGAGGGGAGAUUAAUUCAGCUAAGCACCCAAAUUCUACUAGAGAAUGAGGCAGGUGGGCCUGGUCUUGCAACCCACCUGUUGGGACUCCUGGAACAGUUUUAGGAGUCACACAGGGGGAGGAGAGGCUGAGGAAGUUCCAUUGCAUAGCUAAAAUUCCUUGUGCUUGUGGAACCGUUUAGGUGGAGACUGCAUCUCAGGGAUUUAGAACCUAAAUGUUACAAACUUGUACUGCAGCCCUAAGCACUGUUAUAUUUCUUUUGUAUCUUUCCUCUAGACUUUGUGAAGAUUGAACGGGAUGAGGCUGCUGGCCAGAAACCAGUGAGGGUCUCGAGCUGUGUAGACUAUGCCAAAGAGUGGGAACCGGUGAAUAGGUAGGAUAAAGGCAGUUAAUUUAUGUGUGCAAAGAUGACUGACAUGUUGGCUGGUGAUGUGCCCUCAGGCAGAUAUGGAUAUGCCAGAGCUUGUGUGCUUUGCAGAAUAAACAAGAAAGUUGUUUACAUGUAUUAUUCCCCAGCACACCAAGAGAAUAUAAUAAGAGCAUUGAAAACUAUCUCCAAAUAAAGUAACAGCUGUGAAAAAUGGCUGCAUGGAGAAAAUGCUACCAUUAUGCUUGAAAAUUAUUAGAUUAUGGAACCUACUAACGUACUGUCUUCCCCUGAAAGGGAGCCUUGUUCCAGCAGAAAAUCCACUCACAUAAUGGCCAAAGAAGCAGCAGCUAUUGCCCGCUAUCGAGGAACGGCGACAACUUCUCUAGAUGAACCGAGCAAGACUGAUCCUUUGCGGUAGUGAUUUUUACCUUAGUGUGCUUUGCUGUAUGCACUAAAGAAUUCUUCCUGCCUAGAAGAAGAGCCUGGAAAUGCAGGCAGCCUCCAAAUAUUGCUUGACUCCCAACUCCCAGCGUCCCUGACCAUUGGCUGUGGUGGCUGGGGCUGAUAGGGAGCUGAGUUCAGAACAUCUGGAGAGCACCAGGUUGGGAAAAGCUGCUCUAGAUAAAAACCUUGCUUCUCUAACUUUGUAUUAAGAACACAAGACUGCUGGAUCAGGCCAGUGGCCCAUCUAGUCCAGCAUCCUGUUCUCACAGUGGCCAGCCAGAUGUUUGUGAGAAGCUUAUAAACUGGACAUGAGCGCAACCUGCCCAGCUGCACUUCCCAGCUACUGAUAUUCUAUGCUAAGGGUUGGGAUUCGCUUCUCUAACUCUGUAUUCUAUGGUCCUGACUGAUUUUCUGUCUUCCGCAACUCUUUCUCCUCAGAAGUACGGUGGCCACAGAUAUCAAUAAUCCCAGCUACUUACGGAUGGCGGCUGCCUCUCAACAAUUCCCUGCAACAGGCCAACUUAAGCAGAUCCCUUCACCAGACCAACUGCCUGCUGCAUGGAACUAUGACCUACAAUCCAAAGACAGUACUUGUCUGAUGGGACUAGAGUCUCCCACCACACCUUCCACCCAGUCACCCGGAUCUCCAAGAGCACCCACUCAGUCUACAACUCAUCGAAAGGAUCAAGUGUGAGUUUUUGCACACCCUCUAGAGAUGUUCUAAUUCCUCCUCAUUCACCUUCUCUUUAGCAGAGUAAUUCAUCGGCGUUUGAGAGAUUGACUGGGUUGUAGGUGCCAGGUGUUAACAGAGAUUGGGAACUUAAGACACUCCAGUUGUUCCUAUUAUGCCAGACAACUGGCUAUGCUUGCUGUGGCUAAGAAAAGCUGUAGUCCAAAAUUUCAAGGACAUCAGAUUCCCCACCCAUGAACCACAGAAACGAGAAAAUAUUAAGUGAGGUGCCACCAGCAUCACCACCUUCCUGGUAGGCAGACACAGUAACUUCUCUGAAGUGCAUAGUUGGUACAUCUAAUUUCAACAAAUCAUUUCCAGCCCAGCUGAAGGCACUUUUUAAAAUCUGAGCACUGUUGUGGUGGUGAACAGGUUUUUAAUACCACUGCUAUUGUAUAAAGUUCAGUCUUCACCAGCAUUUUAUUCUCAUGUAUUUUAUCACAGUCAUUUUGAUUACUUCCCGGCCUCUUUUAAUUUCUUUGGUUUAACCUGUCCUUGCUUUCCCUUUGAUAUUUCCCCCGCUCCUUUCCCAUUGCAGGUAUGCCGAGGUGAGGAAAAGCAUGAUAGAGCCAUUUCUACCAGAUGACAUGUACCCUAAACCAGAGAUGAUUGAUAACCCACUUUAUGACUUUGCAAAAACCAAGGACAAAAUGCCGUCCAAGAGAGAGCAGGAAUUCUCCAAGAUGUCUCGAAAAGAGCUCCCAAAUAUCCCUGACCAGAGCUUCCCUUUCCCCAAGUUACCGGAGCCUGACAGUAGCAAAUCGGCAUACAAGCAGCAGUCCUCCCCACCCUUCCCAGUCCCUGCAUCCAGAGUUCGUUGUCACACCUAUUCCAACCAAUCCGAGGGAAAGACUGCAGUGCCUGAAAAGACUUUUGGCAAGCAGAAGCCCUGUUCCAACUUAGACCCCCUAGUGCCACCAUUGAAGAAACCUGUCAAAUUCUCAAGGUCUGAAGUAGGACACAGCAAACCACCUCUUCCAUCCAAGAGUCAAGUGGUGCUUGACAUGCAGAACACCAAGGGGAAAGAUUAUCGAGACAGCUCAGAACUUCCACACCACAGAAAACACCAAAACGACAAUGGACCUGUAAGCCGGACAACGAUGCCGGUACGUUUAGGAUAGGGCUGCAGGAAGUGGCAGCUGCUAUGCAGUGCGCUUCAGGCAGAGAUUUUUCCCAGCCCUGCGUGAAGAUGCUGUGGGCUGAACCUGGGGCUGUUUGCAUAACAAGCAGGUGCUCUGUCACUGAGCUUUUUGUUUGAGCUUUGUUUUUUGUUGUUGUAAGCCAAUGUGAUUCAUUGCCAUGAUUAGAAGUGUUGUAUCAUUGUAGUGAAAAGGGACUUACCAUUUGUUGAAAAUGUGCUUCAACAGCCUGCUGAAGUUUGGGGGCCAAUUUUUAAUUGGGGCAGGAUGCUGCCGUGCUUUGGUGAUUACUUUUGCUGUAAGGCCACACAGAACCAAAAGGUUUGACUCUCAUUUACCACCAGUGUUUGCAUUUUUAGUUACUUUAUAAUAAUUAUUAUAUAUUUAUCCCGUCUUUUUCCAUGUCAGGACUCAAGGCCGCUUACAGGGAUCAUGAAAAAAGUUGAUAGAAGUAAAACUACUGUAUAUGCAUAUAUAAAACCUAUUAAAACCAUACCAAUAAUUACAAUAAAAACAGCGUAACACCAUUCAUUAAAAGCAGUCAGUUCCCUAAACCCAAACCAACUUAAUUCUUUGGGUGGUAAAUGAGAGUCCGUUCAUUUACCACCAAAGAACAAAGUGGUUUUGGGUUGUGAAUAAACUAAUAAUGCAAAUAUUAGACUGAUAACCGGAGAUACAAUGGUUAAAACUUAUUUUGAAAAACAUGUUAGUAGUAACAGGCAGCGAGUUUAGGGACAAGAUAAUGCACCCUGCUAAAGUGCUGGUGUUAGUCCUUUCCUUGAUUUUAGAGAAGAUCCUGAUUGCAAGCAGGUCUUCUGCUGCACUGGUAGCUUUGGGGUAGUGGGAAGAAGAUAAAGGAGAAUACUUUUUAGCUGUAUGCCUCAAUGGCACCAGAGACAACUGUUAAGUAUUUGUUGGCUGCUUAAAACUUUAGGAGCUAAAGUCUUAUAUCUGAGGGUCCCUUUGCGCAGAGAUACAAUACCUGCUGAGGUAUUACACAAGAGCAUCACCAGAGCAGAUACAGAUAGUGCUUUUGCAAAGCAAACAGUAACUUGGGCUUAAUGCAAAAUGCAUCCACCAACAAUGGCUCCUAGUGUCAUCUACAAGGCAGAUAUUGCUUGAGGCAAACAAUGUCUUGGUUAAGAUGUAGGGUCCUUGCCUUUGGGCAGUGUAAAUGCUAUAUAAUUAUUCUGUAGGUAAGCUGAAGAGUGGAUGUUCUUUUUGUCUUUGCAGUGA